AUGUCGGGAACAGAGUCCGGGCUGGUGCUGCUGCUGUGGCGGCGGCGGCUACCCUCGUCGUCGUCGCCGCCCACCCCGCGCCACCGCCUUCUCCUCGGCCGCGCUGCACGCCGGGAGUCGGCGCGCGUCGGCCUCCCCGCAAGAUGGUCUCCGGGCUGCUAUCCCCUCCCCUCUCCGCACAUGCGCAGUUCUUAAAGCGGGCCGAGCCUGCUCCCUCCUCCGCUGCUGCUCCCUCCCUCCUUCCUUCCUGGCGGCCGGGGCGCCACUGACAAGACCGGGGCGGGAAAAGGGCGGUCGACGCCGCUGCUGCUGCCGACGACGACGAAGGAAGACGACGACGACGACGAGCGCGACGACCAUUACCGCCGAAGAAGGAACACCGCUGCGACCCCUCCGCCCGCCCCUCCUCAGCCAGCCUCCUCCCACAAGCUUCCUCCAUCUUCUUUCUCCACAAGCCGGCAAAAGGGGAGGGGGCCGAGAGAGCCCUUCUUCGGCGAGGCCGGCUCUGUGCCUCCCCCGGGCCCAAGGAAGCGACCAGCAGCCCACCCCCCUCACUGUACGCGCUCGCCUCGCGCGCGGAACCGGCGCCGGUGAACUGGUGGGAGCGGCCUCGGAGGCUCGGGUAAGGCCGGCCGGCUUCUGGCUCCAGCGGGAGAAGGGAGGGUGGCACACCUAUAAGGCGCGACACGGGCUUGUACUGUGGCGCUUUGCUUUCUUAUGGCUUUAUUUACUUAUGCGUAUUGGGCGCGGGGUGAACAGGAGGUAGGCCCCGGCUUGGGGCUGCUCGUGUUGCUGCUGUUGCCGCCGCCGCCGCCGCCUCCUCCUCCUCCUCUCCCUCCCUCCCUCCUUCCUUCCUCGCUUCUUUCCAGCUCGCUCUCAAAAUGGCCGCCGCGCCCGUUGAUAUUGAGACGGGGGUGGGGGGGGAAGGGAGGAGAGAAGGAGAAAGGGAGGGAUGAAUAAGGCUUCCCUCCCUUCUCUCUCUCUCCCCGACUCGCAUCCUUACCGUCGUCAUCUCGUGUUUGUGUUUUGCCCCCCCUUCACGCCCCAACCUUCAUUCGCACGUCUCUCUGAAAUGCACGCUGCCCAUUCUUCUCCUCUGUCGGAUACCCCCCCUCUCUUCUCCCCUUCUUUCCUUAGGUGACUAGGCAAGAAAAACGCGUAUGGCGUGCUUUCCUUUGCUCCCGCUCAUCCACCCUCCACACACAAACGUUGUUCUUCCUCCUGGCCUUUAGCCACCCCUGUACUAUGAUUACCUCUGCCUCUUUCCCCGCAUCUCUCCUGAACAUCUCUCCAUGCACCCACACCCCGCACCCACCACCUGCCAAACGGCAUGACCCUGUUUAUUCUUUUCUCGGUCCCCCCCCCCAUAGUAGGUGGGUGGGUAGAUUGGUUCCCCCUUUUUACACCUCCCCUUUUGAGAUAUUACCCUUUCUCAGUCUCUAGUGGAAUCAAGGAUAUUUUUGCUCUUUCAUCCUACUUUCCUUUUUAACGGGAGUGGGGCACGUGUGACCCUCUAGUGGGGGGCUGCACCUUGUUUCUCCUCUUCCACACCCAUCUUAUAGUGACACUUUCUUGUCUUCUAAUAGGAGGCUAAAGGGCUUCUUUUCCUUCUUACCCCUCUUUCCUGUUAGAGAGGGUGUACAAAUGAGUAUAUAGUUGCCCUUUGACUUCCAAUUUUGUUUAUCUAUAGAGGAGGUCGGUGGCCCCUCACCUUGGCUGAGAAACUAGCCUCCCUUUAAUGGAGAAUCUGUUACAUUUUCCAUUAAAGGAUAUAGAUUUUCCAUUGGAGGGAGGGGAGAGGCUCCUAAUACUGCUGUUUUACUAUUAUCUGAAUUCUCAGCAUCCCUCUCCAGCUGGAUGUGAUCUUUUCCAGUUCUUCAGUUCCUCAGUUCUGCCGUAGCAUCUCCGCCCCAUAAUCCUGCGUUACUGCAUUUCUCCCCUCCCCUCUGUACACACCUCUUCAUCUCCUUUCUCUAGCUGGAGGAGUCUGAUCACACCCUUUGCUCUCUGGUUUUCCCCCAUUCUCAAGCCAUCUUUUAAAGCAUAAUUUGUUGGUACCCACUACCUCCUACUACCACAGCAUCUCUCUACAUCCUCUGUUCCUAGCUCUAUCAUCUCCCCUUCUUGCAUCUGCUUUGUCACUCUGAAACCUCAUCAUGCUGCCUUGCUUGAAGGCCCUUCGUGCUCUAGUCUAGACCAGCCUUUGCACCCAUCUUUCUUUUGCUUCUGACAUUCAGAAUCCUGCUUUUCUUCAGCUUUAGUCCUCUACUCCCAGCCCUGUUAUAUCUGUAGUAUUUCUUUAAUCUCCUUUCUUGCAACCUCCGGUCCAUUUUUCAGUUCCAUAUUUCUGUAAGCUUUGUCUCACAGCCCACAACUCUGGUCUCCUACCACACUCUUCUCUUCUUUCAUUAUCUUUUCUUCAUAUUUACUGCCACUCCACUGCUUGACCACCUGCAUUCCAUAAUGAUGAUCUCUUCUGGCGACUUCACAAUAAAUAGGGUGGAGGAGGUUGUAGUGAUAGUGACACCAGUAAAGGCCUGGAAGUAGAGAGGAAGUCAGAUUGAAAGGAAAUAUAUCAUAGAUCUCUCCCCCCCCCACAUGCUCCUUGCAUUUCUUUAUUCCUUUCUUGUUGACAAAAGUGGGGGGAGAAUUACUGUUUGUUGGCAAGUUGGCCUGCUUCUCUGUGGUGUUUGUUUUAAACAAGAUGAGUGUUGGGGUUUGAUCUGUGGUACACAACAUAAAAGAGGUGUCUGGCAGCUCUAAUCUGGUGGUCUGUCAAAAGGCCCUUUUCCACCAAUCUCCCUGCAGUGACUGAGUAAGAGAAAAAUCAUUGCUAGGAGGUGGCUCAGACCUUCAGAACAAGCUGCAGCAAAAAUGGGAGGAGGACGUGAUGGAAGACUUAGGGAGAUCAGAUUCCACAUGUUGGGGGUUAGCACCUCAUUGCUGGUAGAACCUCAUUGCUGGCAGCUUAGGGAAGAAAUUGCCCUUUUGAAAGAUGGGGAGGAGGAGGAGUGAUGCUAGUAAUGCCAGCAAGGAAUCUCAUCUCAUUAAGGUGCUUGUUUGUUCUGUAUUGUUCAGAACACAGCUCUUACUGUAACAAUUUAGCUUUGUGAUUCUCUCUCCCCUUUUACCUUACUUCUGUGAAGAAGUUAAGGUGGGUCACACACCUAUAGGAGAGGUUUUUGGAGUGGUGAUGUGGGUGGGGGAAAGAGAAAUUAUGCACUCAGCCUCUGAGACUAGUCACAUCCCAUCUUAUUUGCUUUAGUAGCAUUGGCUGGGGGGAAAAAUGUUCCGAUACUACUGCAGUAUGGCUUGAUUGAUGCAGGUCAAAUAUUUUUGCAGUGAGUUUCCUAACCAUGAGUGUUGGAAGCUAUACUAACAGUUUUCACUGUGCCUCUCCCUCUGUCCACCCAAAGGGCGGUGGGGGGGGGGGAGAAUAGUAAUGUAUUUAGGUGCAUUAACCUGUUUGCAUAUUCAAUCCCCCCCCCGGAAUUCUUUUACAUCUUGCUACUGUGCAUAUGUCACAUUUGUGGACUGCUCUAGCGGAUGUGGAGGAGGGGGUGGAAUGGUCCGAAUUCUCAGAUUUAUAAUUAAACAAUUGUGCACCAUUGAAUUGCUUGGCGGUGUGGUUCAGGAUUUUUCAGUAGCUGAAUUAUUAUUAUUAUUAUUAUUAUUCAGAGUGGUUUAGAAUAUCCCUGAAUCAGAUAUUUUGAACAAAGAGAACAUUUUUAACAAAAGCCUCUGCCACAGAUACAUUAGUUUGUCAGUAAUGUUUUGUGUGUUCUUGUUUGGUUGGAUUGUGUUUAUGGAGGGCGAGUACAGCGAGCACAGCCAUUGAGGAGAAAACUGGGUGGAGUAAGGCAGAAGCUGUGAAAUGGCUAGAUUACCCUUUUCAUAGCAUUCACACCACCCAUUUUCUGCUUGUGUUUUUGCUGGAGUGGAAGGUAUAGUAAUUGCAGUAACAAUGAAGUCUGUUCUUUAGGGAGGAGUCCAGUGGUAAAGAAAUCAAGUGAAUGUAGUAGUCUUUAUUUAUCUCACCACCCCCCUUCCGUAGAUCUUGAUUUGUCUAGCAGUAAAGUAGCCAGUCAAUGUUGGAAAGCAAGGGUUUUUGUUGUUGUUUGAUUAUCUUUCUGAUUGACACAGAUUUUCACUUUUUUACUUCAUUUGAGAUAUGAUAUAUUUACACAAAUAGUACAUAUCAAAUUUCUACAUUAGUGAAUGGUGGCUUCAUUUGUUCUUACAUUUUGUGGUGGUUUUCUGUAGCAGAGUGUUACCUUUACACUCUGUCUUGUCUUGUCUCCUCUCCACAAGUAUGAUCAAAUUGAGCACUGUUAUCCUUUGACACAUUUUUAAAGAGUACAGAAAAAAUGUAGGACAAAAGGAUAUGGAAAACACUCUGAUGGAAUGGUAAACAUGAUGUUCCAUCUUUCUUUACACUUACCUAAUGAAGGAUGGCAGUGUUCUCAUUGAUAUUCAAUCUUUGUCAUGCCAAAUCCAAUUCUUAACAAGGGUGAAUAUACAUAGAUUGUAUCGGACAAAGCACAAUUUGAUUCUUAUCAAUAUGGGUGUGGAUUAAAUUGUACCAUAUACGGUAUAAAUUUUUAGCAUUUCUUUUAUGAGUGGCUACUGUUUCCUGCAUUUCUUCAAACCAAAUAGUUUGGUUGUUUGCUAGAGUGUCUAUUGUAUAAGGGGACUCAAACUCUAAAUUGACUAAAACCAUUGACCUUGAGAUUUGGGUUGACCCUGAAUACUCACACUUAACACAGGAAGAAAAUGCAUAUAUGCAAAGAAAAAAAAAGGGAAUUAAUAGGAUUAUAGGUCCUGUUCUGUCUCCUCCUCCCACUUUCAAGGCUUAUUUAUAUAUAGAUAUAUAGUUACAUAGAUAGUCUUUUUAGCUUAUUAUAUGCUUAUAUGAUUUGCUUGUUGAUUAUAUAAUCUUCCUUUUGGCCUUGCUGAAGCGCAACCUAAAAUGGAACACGUUUUAAAUGUUUUGUAAAGUUUGUGGCAGAUUUAAUAUACUUGCUUUUGGGUUAGAAUGUCACACAUUGCCUUUGAAUAUAAUCCAGAAAUUAAAAGGGUCUUAAUUAUUAUAUAUAGUGGUACUCAGUGUUGAGGUGCUUUUAUUUUGUGAAUAGGUUAAAGUUGUCAUUAGGAAAAUCUGUUUUUGGUGUUUUUGGUGGUGGUGUUGUUUACUUUCAAACGGUACUACUAUAAAACUUCUAAGGAUGUUACUGUUCUAGCCUGUGGUAUUUACAUUUCAGGUGGCAAAAAGGUUUGACCCUUUCUAUAUUUUUCAUUGCCUGUUUAUGGGUGGACAGUUCAUGUCUGACACAUGGUGAAUACAGAACAAAGAUUGUGGCUGUCAUUAUAUUACCAUAAAAUUUAACAUGUUGUGAAUAUUGGGGUGAAAUUCUGCAUCCUGAUGUGUGUGUGUGCUUAUCAUGUCUCUUAGAAGUAUGGGAAACCUUCCCUAGUAAAAGGAUGCAUUGUCAUGUUCUCAGCCUCUGUAAAAAUCUUUCUGGUUUAUGAUGUUGUACUCUGCAAUUUCCCAUUCUUUCCCUUUUAAAUUGUACCUUAAAUUGUUUUGUAAUAUACCUACAUUAUGCUAUGCAUAAUCUUUGUCAGUGCUGUAAGCUGAGUCAUGGAAUCAGCUGUGCAAAUGGAAUCAUAUCUGGGCAGAGGUCUCACUGUUCAUUAUUACAUUUAGAAUUGCAAUCUAAGAAUUCAUAAAGUGAAUUUAUGGCUUCUUGGAGCCCAGAUCCAAGUCCAGUCAGAUUCUUAACUUUUUUGUAUUGCUGUACUUAAUUUUUUCUUGAUUCCUGUUCAUCCAAAUCUUCAUUUGGGACAGUUACUGUCUUAACUACAUUCUUAGCUUCUGUACCAUGUCUUAGGCAUGAUAUGGUAGAGAUGCCACUCAAGUCAUCUCUCAGUAGAACUUAUAAAUAUGCAUCAGAGUGGAUUUAGAACUUCACUUUUACUAAAUACUAUAAAAAAACUCCUUUGGAUGAUCUGUUGAUUGUUCAGUGUGGUGUAAUAAAUAGUGUUGGACUUUGAAUGGGAAAUCCCAGGUUCAGAUGCCUUCUCAGCUUUGAAGUUUAUAAGCUAACCUUAGACCGAGAGAGAAUCACUGGUUCAAUGUACAUCACAAGGUAGUUGUGAGAAUAGAAGGGAGUAGGGACAUUAUGUAUACCCUCUGAGCUUACUGGAAGAAGCUGGGAUAACUUUUCAGAAUAUAAAAUUUAAGAAAUCAUGAACAACUGAAAUGUAGGCAAGAUUACAAGUAUUUAAACAAGGGUAAAUUCAGGAGUAGGACUAACAGAUUGUAUCAAACUUAAGUUCUACUCAGAGUAAACCUAUUGGAAUUAAUGGACCAAAGUUAGCUAUAUCCAUUAAUUACAGUGAGUCUGCUCUGACAUUGUAUAUUAUUAUCAAACUGUGUGGCAUAAUGGAAAGUCAAAGAUAGCAAUAAUAUAGUGAAUAGGAUACACACGGCCUGUCGAGUUAACCUUAUAUGCUACCAGUCAUAAUUGGAACUCUGCUUCUGUCAACUGUAAAACAAGGGAAAGGAUGCUUAGCUACUCUUGAGUACCACACUUGCCUUAGCACUACUUUUAAUGGAAGAUUAAUAGUGUCUUUAUUUGAACAUGGGACAAUGUGUCUUAAAUAGGAUAAACCUGGAUUGAGACUAUAAAUUAGAGUUCUGGUUUUGGAAGUUGUGGGUUCAAUUGCAAUAAUCUGGGCUGGGCAGUCGUUAAUUGUUAAUGUAUGGUGUUUGCUAAUUAAGGUGGGGUUUCAGAUGGAACAUUGUUUGGCUUAUACGUCACCUGAUGUAGUCUAUCAUGCACUUUAAGAGGUAAAUUAAAGGAUUGCUAGGAGUUUGACAGACUUGACUGCUGCUGCUACUCAUUGACAGUGUACUCUCUUCAGUACAAAUGCACAGCUAGGAAUCAAAUGUCUUCAUUCAAGGCUACCCCAUUAGCAAAGAAACAUCUAUGUCUAUUAAAAAUUGACAUGCAUCAGGACGAUUUAAAUCAUUAUUGUAAAUCAAGUUUCCCAUUUCUGAUUUAUUUUUUUUGAACAGCAUGCCUGCAAACUAGUUGCUAUAACAAUUACCACAUAUUGGCUGAUAACUAAAUGAGUCAUUAUAGGAUUACAAUUUAAAACAUUUGGCCUUGCAGCCCAUAUGUCUUUUGCACUGCAAAAUUAUACCUGCUUAACUAGAAUUCGGCUUUGUCUGACUCUACAUAUAUACGAGGAUACUAAGCAAGAUCACUUGCUUGAAGGCUCAGGAUGCAGUCAAAGUGAGAUUUACAGCUCAGUCUCAGAAGUAAGUGUUCAGAACUUUCCUGAAAAGGAACUGGUGGUAGUUACUCAAAAAGUAUUUAUCAAUGAGAUGAAAGUCUCAGUCCUGUUUAGCUGUUGUAAACACUCAUAAUUUGAGAACAGAAUACAUGGCAGAGUUGAGAUACUUGGAUGUCGUAAAAUAGGAGUACAAGAAAAUUAAUGUGGGUCCCAUCCUGAUGAGACAUGUGGUGGCAUCUCCUGAGAUGUGAUACCUUUGACACCCUAGUCCCUAGGUCCCAUAGAAAGCACACAGUAACUGAAAUAUGAUGUAUUACUUUUUAUGUUUCUUAUAAUGCUUCAGUUCAAAAGUUUGAUAUGUCUGUAUAUGAUUUUAUUAUGGAACAUUUAAAUUGCUCUUUGGUAUGUCAUGACUCAGAUUUAUGGUAAAUGUAGACUUUAACCAGCUUUCCUUUUUAAACAUUGGCUAAAGAGAAAAGAAAAGCCUUACUGGAUCAGGCCAAAGGCCCAUCUAGUUCAGCACCCUGUUUUCAGUGGCCAACUAGAUACCCAAGGGAGGCCCACAAGCAGGAGCUGAAUGUAGCAGUACUCUUCCCAUUGAUUCCAAGCCACUGGUAUUCAGAGACAUACUGCCUCCAACUCUGGAGGUAGAAUACAGCACUGUGGGUAGUAGCCAUUGCAUAAUUGUAGAUUUAGUAUAAUUGAAAUUUAUAAAGUUUAAUCCAAAAUACAUUUAGUUCCCCCCUCUUGUAAGAACUUAAAAAAAUCAUACAAUUUAAUUACUUCUGUCAAUGAUAGCUUCCCAAAUAAAUAGAUCUGACAGCUUAACAGAUACAAAAUAUAUUUUUAGCCAUUCUGUUCUAAGUUUUCUUACAGUCAACAUUAGGAAGUUCAUACAGUGUCAGUUUGAGUACUGUCAACUUCAUUCCAAACACUAUUUUAAAAUUUCAUCCAUCCAAAUUCCUGCAGUGCUUUUAGGUGGUUUAGUUAUGCUUACAGUGUUAAGAAUGUUGGUAUGUUUGAUAAAUAAAAAUUUGCAGUCUUAAGAGGUUGCUCUUGUAAAGUAAUGUCUGAUAACAUAUUAGGAGGACAAUUUUAAAUGUGCCUUUUAAGUUGAGGUAUUAAAUGAAACAAUUGUUCUGACAAUUUUGAAACAUUGUGUGUGCUCAGCUUAACCAGCAAUGAGUUGUUUAAGCUUAAUGUGUCCAACAAGUUUUGGGAUGGAUCUUCUGGAACAAAAAGGUUUUCUCUGAGGGAGCCACUUACUGGUGCUUCAGGCAUCUAUGAAGCUAUUGUUUCUGAGAUGUCAAAUUUCUCUUCCCAUUCUUUUUUUGACACAUCAUGGAAAUGUUAACCUUACUGUUUUAGAUGAUUUUAGCAUUCUCUUCAGCAUAAUUUUCAUAAUGCUUUUCAUAAUUUUUGCUUCUGAAGUAUUUCUUUAAAGUGUAUCUUUGUUAGAGAUUGGACACAGAAAAUCAGAGCUCAGCUAGAGCUGAAAUGGCACUUGAAGGGGUAUCUGUGGACUUAAAGCAGAUUAACAAUUGGGGCUGUUUGAGAGCAAUGGUUGUUUAGGGGCUAAAGGGUUGGGUUUAGGUGUGGGGAAUGGGUUCAGGUUUGAAUUCUGCUUUGCAGCUCACUGAGUGGGUUUAGGAAAGCUAGUCAAGAGUGUUUGAAGUUUAAUGAUAAGUUAAUGACAUGUCUGAACUGACAAGGCAUCAGCUUGCAAACCACAACUUUAAACAAAUGGUUUGAAGGGGACUUGCACACUGUGGUUUGGUGUGAUGCUUGAAUCAAUAAACUAUAGUUUAAAACAAUGCUCUGCCUCUGGAGGCUACUUCCUUGUAGUGAACUUGCAAAGCAAAGAAGAUAAAAAGCAACGCAGGCAAGCUGCUGUAAGCUACGUUUGUAUGUCUGGUUAGCAUAACAACCAUCGUUACAAUAUUGUUUAAAUUCAGCCAUUGUCUAUUUGCUUUAUCUACCAACAAUGCAGUCCUAAGGCAUACAGCUCCAAGCUUCUUGGAGGAAGGACAAUAUAGAGAUGUAACCAGUAAAUGAAGAUGAGAACACCUAAAGUGACCAUAGGAUUGUAUCCAGUGCUAAUCCUAUUCAGAGUAGACCUGUUGAAAAUAAUGGCUGACUAAUUUGGGUCCGUUAAUUUAAAUGUGUUUACUGUGUGUCUACUCUUAAGAAAAUUUAGUUGGAUACAACCCCAAGCAUUUUAUUCUUUGGAACAUCUCUAUGCCUGGAUCAGAAGAUGUUCAUAGAUUGUAUUGUCCACUGGUACUAAUCAGACUUUAUCAGGAGAUGUUUCUGAUGAGAACACUCUAUUUUGUAAUCAGUGAUUAAUUGAUGCAAUCAAAAUUUUCCCUACUUUAAUUACUACUGACUUACAGUAUCUGUCCUUUCUCUUUAAUGCAUAUGUUUUAAUCCAUUUCCUUUUGGAAAUGGAUUCAUAGUUAUUGUCAGGUAACAAAAAUAAUGAUUGAUUUAAGAUGGAAUAUACAUCUUUUUGUUCAUACUGUUUCAGUAUGAUCUACUUUAUGUAAUCCUGCAGCUGGUCAGAGGUGGACUGUGUUUACAGAGUUUUGUAGUUGUAGUAUGGUUGUCUUGCCGAAAGACUUACCUCCUCCAAGCAGAACAUUUUGCCCAUGAGUGGCUUUCUCUUAUCCCACUCAGUCACUGCAUGUAAUCCAGAUAAGUAAUCCAUGGAGAACUGAUGUGUACUGCACCGAGUUGCUAAGUGGCUUAAAAUGUGAUGAUGUUUUUCUCCUUGACCAUGAAAAAUGAGAACUCAUAACACCAUGAUGGUGUGUUCUCUUUGCAGCAUGUUAUGAUUUGGAUGAGAUGGGCUAACUACAUAGGAAUGCGUAUAAGGGAGAGUAUUGCCUCUUUGUAAGUCCUACCAUCCAAUUCUGUUGCAUUCUGUUUCAUUGACUUUUAGACCUUGUUGCUGUUUAUUGUUGUAACCAAGGGAAAUCAAAGAUAUGGUCACCAAUUUCUGUGCCAGAUGCUUGGCUGGCCAUUAGUGGCACAAGCUUUCUCUACAUAACUCCCCUCCAACCCCAUAUGAUUUACUGUAUCUGAUGUUGACGUUAAAAAACUAAUCAGAUAUGAAUCUGUUCAAGUUAUUAUCUGUUCCAGUAACUGAAGAGCCCAUAUAAAUUGUAGGGAAGUGUGGUGAUUAAGUGUGCCACUUUAUUAAUUACAAUACAGCCUUCAACAUUCCUCUUUCUACAAUGUCUUGCUGGGCCAAAGCUUCAGUUUUCCAGAGCUUGGAUCAAGCAAUAUAAACAUUCCUUUUAAUUAUUAAUAACUAAUGAGGGCUGUUCUUAAGCACUAUGUAUAUACUUGGAUCAAAUUACCAAUUUCUCUAAUAAUAAAUAAAUUGGAUGUACCCUUUUCAAAAUGGUUAUAUUGUUUUGCCUUUCAAAGGUAUAUGGACAGCUGCAGUACUGGUGUAAUGAGGCAAGUCAGGGAAGAUGUGACUAAUAAAGUAGCAGUAGAAUUGUGAACAGGUAGUGCAGAACUUGGGUCAUUAGGCAUUCUCUCUUAUCUUUCCUAUAAUAGGAAAUGAAAUAUUGAAAAAUCAGUUUUCUCUGAAUAAACUUAAGAGUUUGAAUCUUUUCAUGUUACAAAUUGCCUUCCAUCUUCGAGUGACUUAAUUUUUCUUACAGUGAACUGUAGUGCACAUGCAAAUUGCACUGAGGAAUUUAAAAUACCUUCCUUUUAAUCUAAUGGAUAUCUGCCUUGUUAAUUACUUGCACUGUAAUUCUUAAAGUGUAUUAAAAUAUCAGGUGAUUAUCACUCAAGGAACUGUGCCACACACACACACGCUUAUAGAAAAGGGUGAGAGAGGGUUUUUGUGUGUGGCAUUUGGGUGUUUGUUUUGCUCAUACAGGAAAACCAACAGCAUAGCUGUUAUUAGGGCCAGCAGUUCAGUAUAUGAUCUGCAAAACAGAUUAACCAAUCAACUCCCUAGAUUAGGUUUGCAUAUACCCUACCAAACUUUUAUGAUAUUUUCUUUAAGCGUAAUAUUAUAUUUCAAUAUUAUAUUUAAAAACUGCAGAAGUAACUUCUGGAAUUGUUUUCUGCAUUAGAGUGAAAUUCCGAGCAUGUUAACUUAGAAGCAAGCCCUACACUGAGGUCCAGCGCUGAGGGCCUUCUGGCAGUUCCCUCGCUGCGAGAAGUGAGGUUACAGGAAACCAGGCAGAGGGCCUUUUCGGUAGUGGCACCUGCCCUGUGGAAUGCCCUCCCAGCAGAUGUCAAGGCAAUAAACAACUAUUUUACUUUUAAAAGACAUCUGAAGGCGGCCCUGUUUAGGGAUGCUUUUGAUGUCUGAUGCUGUAUUGCUUUUAAUAUUCAGUUGGAAGCCGCCCAGAGUGGCGGGGUAUAAAAUUAUUAUUAUUAUUAUUAUUAUUAUUAUUAUUGCUACUACUGCGUCUAACAUCCAAUUAAGUUUACAGUGGUGCCCCACAAGACGAAUGCCUUGGAAGACGAAAAACUCGCAAGACGAAAGGGUUUUGCGGUUUUUGAGGUGCUCGUAAGACGAAUUUCCCUAUGGGCUUGCUUCGCAAGACGGAACGUCUUGCGAGUUUGUUUCCUUUUGAAGCGGGAACUGGGCUGGCAGGGAGCGAGCAGGGGAGCGACCUACCUUUUCCAGAGGGAUCCUCUUCUGGAGAGGGCACAGAGGAGGCAGGUGAGCUGGGAUCCAGCGGAUCUGGCUGGGUCUCUGUGCCGCCUCUGCCUCUGCCUCUCUCUCUCUCUCCCCCUCCCCACGUGGCUGCUCCAUUUUGCUCUAACUGCGCGAAGGCAGGAGGAGGCGGGACAAAGGAGGAGGAGGAGGAGGCAUCCACUGUGCUUGGGCGGCCGCGAAGGCGCCUUUGCGGGGGUGGGAAGAAGCCGGGAGCAGCUGCCGAGACUGUGGGGAGCCUGGCGGCGUGGCGCAAGGUAACGGGGGGAGCAAGGGAGAGUCCGCGCCGGGCGCUUCGUGCGUCCGCCCUCGGUUCCUGGGCUCAAACUUCUUUUGGCACCUCGUGGAGAGAGAGGGAGAUGAGCGGGCUGGGGCUUUGAUGUGGGACGCGGUUUGGCGGAGCGAAGACGCGGCAAGGCUUGGCGACAGAGGAACGGGGGCUGUUUUCGUGGGGAGGUGGGAGGGGGUGUCUUUGCCUCUUCCCGGCAACAGAUCCUCCAGGCUGGGGAACUCCUCCUGCUGGGGAGCGACCCGCUUUGUGCUUUGCCCGCUAUCCCAUUAUAAUACAGUACCAGGGUGCAUCCGUGCUUCGCAAGACGAAAAAAUCCGCAAGACGAAGAAACUCGCAGAACGGAUUAAUUUCGUCUUGCGAGGCACCACUGUACUUCAGAAUUGCAGCUUUCAAGAUGUGGGAUCAGGCCUUUACUAGGACAUAUGCAGAUGGGAUGGAGAAUAAAAAAAAUGUUCUUUUAAGUCAGAGGCAGUAUGCCACUAACUAUCAGUUGCAGAGGAACAGCAGACAAAAGUUACUUCCAUCAUGUCUUGCUUGUAGGCUGUGCAAAUCACCUGGUUGGUCACUGUGGGAAACAGGAACUAGAUGGACCUUUGAUCUGAUCUGGCAGAGCUCAGGUUCUUUAAAGAAAUACGACUUUAAUCAAACCAUUUAGUCACCCUUUACAUGAAUUCAGAAGGGACUGUCCAGUGUUUUCCUUAAAUGAAGCCACCAGUUUUCUCCAGGUCCAAAUCAUUGUGUUGGUGCUUGGUAUUUGUGUCCUCAUCAAAACUUUGAAGAACAGCAGCUAGCCAGGAUGCUUAGUGCCAUUUCCCUUUGGAAGAUGAGAAUAUCUUGCUCCCCUCCCCAUGUCUGAAAAUACUUAGUUAUGUAUUUGCAUUUUUAUAUCAUGCUUAUGAGAGGGACCCAGUUUUAAUGUUAGUUUUUAAGCAUCUGGAGUUUUUUUUUUUUUUUUAAAGCAAUUUAUUGGGUUUUACAAUAAAAAUAAACAUAUUAAACAAUAUAACCUUUGUCUUGACAUAAUUUCACAUUUUCUUUGGACUUCCUCACAUCUCCCGCUCCCACUUUCAUCGUUAUAACAUUUUGUCAGCAAUUUAUCAUCUUAUUUAAAUUCUUAUAUCACUUCUAUAUUUCAUAACCUUAUAAUUUUCAAAGGGAAUUAAAUUUUCACAGUCUUACUUAUUUUCAUAGAAAACUUCUAAAUUUAGUGGUGCUCAGUUAUUUUGGUCUAGCAUCUUAUUUAGCAUUCACUCAAAUUGCAAUAUUUUUGUAAAUAGUUCUUGAAUUUCUUCCAAUCCUCCUCAAUCCUUUCUUCUCCCAGGUCACGGAUUCUGCCGGUCAUUUCAGCCAGUUCCAUGUAGUCUAUCAGUUGCAUCUGCCAUUCUUCCAGUGUGGGUAGAUCUUGAGUUUUCCAAUGUUUUGCAAGAAGUAUCCUUGCUGCUGUUGUUGCAUACAUAAAAAUGUCUGAUCCUUCCUUGCCACCCCUUGGCCGACAAUACCCAAAAGGAAAGCCUCUGGUUUCUUAGUGAAGGUAUAUUUAAAUACCUUUUUCAAUUCGUUAUAAAUCAUCUCCCAGAACGCCUUCACUUUAGGGCAAGUCCACCAGAGGUGGAAGAACGUUCCCUCAGACUCUUUACAUUUCCAACACUUAUUAUCAGACAGGUGGUAAAUUUUUGCAAGUUUGACUGGGGUCAUAUACCAUCUAUAAAUCAUUUUCAUUACAUUUUCUUUCAGAGCGUUACAUGCAGUAAACUUCAAUCCAUUACUCCACAACCUUUCCCAGUCCUCAAACAUAAUAUUAUACCCAAUAUCCUGUGCCCACCUUAUCAUAGCCGAUUUAACCGUUUCAUCUUGUGUAUUCCAUUCCAGCAGCAAGUUAUACAUCCUUGAAAGUACCUUAAUCUUUGGUUCUAACAAUUCUGUUUCUAGUUUCGAUUUCUCCACCUGGAACCCUAAUUUCUUAUCAUUUUUAAAAACUUCUUUAAUCUGAGCGUAAUGUAACCAAUCUCGCACUUUAUCUUUCAUUUUCUCCAAACUCUGCAAUUUCCAAUUGUCUCCAUCCUUUUCUAAUAUUUCCCAAUAUUUUGGCCAUUUAGCCUCCAUAUUGGGUCUUUUCGGGCCUUAGCUUCCAAAGAUGAAAGCCACCUUGGUGUUUUAUUUUCCAGCAAGUCUUUAUAUUUUGUCCAGACAUUAAACAGUGAUUUUCUGACAAUAUGGUUCUUGAAGGCCUUAUUUGCUUUAACUUUGUCAUACCAUAAAUAUGCAUGCCAUCCAAAAACAUUGUUAAACCCUUCCAGAUCUAACACAUCAGUGUCUUCAAGAAGUAGCCAGUCUUUUAGCCAGCAGAACGCUGCGGCUUCAUAAUACAACUUUAAGUCCGGCAGGGCAAAGCCCCCUCUUUGUUUUGCAUCAGUUAAUAUCUUAAACUUAAUUCUGGGCUUUUUGCCCUGCCAGACAAACUUAGAAAUGUCUCUCUGCCACUUCUGAAAGCACUCCGUUUUGUCCAAAACCUGAAGUGUCUGAAAUAAAAACAACAUCCUUGGCAAUACAUUCAUCUUAAUAGCAGCAAUUCUGGAGUUUUUUGAGACCAUAUUUUACUGUGUUUUUCUUCAUUUUUUGGGGGGUCAAUAUGCAUUCAAAACUACUGUGCCAAAAUACUACCCCCCGUCCUUAUAUUGUGAACAGGAACUUAUGACAAUUCUGUGUGUGUUUAAAAGGGGGGGGGAGUAAGAUUACUUUUAAAAAAAAUGGCAGCUUCAUCAUUGCUUAAAGAGAUCAAGGCUUUAGUUUAGUUCCUAGUAGAAUUGGGAUCUAAAGCAACAUUUACAUUUAUGUACAUGAAAUUGUAUCCCGUGACUACAUAUACUGAAUGCAUUAAUGGGAUCAUAAUGGAAAAGCAGAAGGAGGUGCAGGUGCUUGAAAGUAAACUUUGUGAACAUUUUUACAGAGAAUUCUUGCUUAAAGGAGCAAAAUCCCUUUACCUCAUAAGUGCUAGUGAAACGGAUAGAUAUUUAAAAUUCAUUUUAUUUUGUAAAAAAGUGAUGCAUAUAACAAAUCCAUGAUGGGAGAGUUGCUUGUCUUGGUGGAUAAUUUUUUUUACAAAAGAAAUAUCCUGUACAUUCUCCCUGAGCAAUUGACAACUUGAUAAUCUGGUCCCAUCUCAAGAGAACCUCAGAGAGAACAAAUGUGUGGUACUGCUUUUGCAGAGUCAGGUAACAGUAUGACCCUUCUUUUGUCCUCCAAGACUUGUAAAAAUGGGUUGAAAUAAAGGUGAUACAUAGUCUGACACUACACAUAUUUACUCUGAAGUAGCCUUUCUGAGUUCAGUGGCUCUUAACCCCAGGUUGUUAUGUACAAUAUUGCUGUCAUAGGGUUGUUGUUUUUAAAUACCACCUUUAGUGGAAACCAAGGUGGAAAUACUGUAGCCAAUGAGGACUAAUGGUACAUUUGGGUAUUGAGCAAGCUUUGUAAUACUGGAUUCUUUAGCAACACACAAACAUAUCAGUGUUGCAGACAACUAACCAUUGUGAAUUUGUAUGUUACUUUAUAUUCUUGAAAAUGUUUGCAUAACUAACAUUUCUUGUUUGGUCAAAUAUUUUGUUUGGUCCAGAUUGAAAAGACCCCCAGUUUUGGAAUAGAAAUGUAAUAGCCUUCUAGAAAGCUAAAAACUUGGGACAAAUAGAAACUAACUUCUCAACUUUUCACGUGCUGUUUCUUCUACGUGAUGUUCAACUGAGGCAGUCAAGAAGCAAGAGCUGAACAAGUUUCCAGAAUGCACCACUGAUCCAAAUACCUGAUGUUAGUCUCUGGUUUGAAAACAUUUUUCCAGCACAGAAUUUAACACACACACCAAAUUAACAUCUACUUUUUUGAAUUUGAAUUUCAAUUGGAAAAGCUUUUUCUUUUUAUCUAGCUUAAUUUCUAUAGGUGGACUUGAAUUUUUAAAUUGAUAAGAAUAAUGUGUGGAAAGUGAUCCCAUGAGUUGGUUGAUUAUUUUCUGUUACCUUGUUCUAAUUCCUAAAACAUUUAACUCAUUGCUUAAACUGUGCAAAAUCUGCACAUGAAUUUUAAGUUCACUUCUUGUGUAGCACUGAGUGAUAGUGGGAUACUAUAUUAAUUUUUAGUAGUACAGUGGUACCUCGGGUUACAUACGCUUCAGGUUACAGACUCUGCUAACCCAGAAAUAGUGCUUCAGGUUAAGAACUUUGCUUCAGGAUGAGAACAGAAAUUGUGCUCCGGCGGUGCGGCAGCAGCAGGAGGUCCCAUUAGCUAAAGUGAUGCUUCAGGUUAAGAACAGUUUCAGGUUAAGUACAGACCUCCGGAACGAAUUAAGUACUUAACCCGAGGUACCACUGUACAUCUCUGUAUGUUACUCGUGAAAAAUGUCUGCUGUUUGGUGGCAUAACUGAAAACAUAAUAUUCUGCCUCUUGCACUUGUAGUAUCUCUCUGCAUAAUGCCGGUGCCAUGAAGACAGAAAAUAAGAUUUAAAAAUGUACACAGGAAGCUGCCUUUAAAGAACCGAUCCUAGUUAGGAACUUUGGAAGGAGACUGAGAACAAAACACAUGGGAAGAAAAACGGCCAGAUCAAAAGCAUUUCAGCCAUCUUGACACUUUAGUACCCAGUCAGGCCUUCCUUACAACAGACUGAGCAGUAUUGACUUUAUCCCAAUAAGUUGCUUUUUGAGCAAAACAUUCAAGCAGGCUAUAGAAUUACUACCAGGUGCUCUUUAUAGCUUUUCCAUUGUGCUUGAAACUUUAGUAGAGUGGGCUAGAGAUUUACUUAUUAAAGGACUUAGUCUGGGUCCCAUGCUGGCUCUGGGACCAGUACAGCAAUAUACCCCUUUCAGCAACCCUGCCAACUACUCUGAUGGAUCUCUGGAAAACUGAAGCUUUGGCCCAGCAAGACAUUGUUUUUCUUCAUUUUUUUUGGGGGGGGUCAAUGGAUCUUGAAUAAUAGAAACUGAGUUGGAAGGGACACUCGGGAUCAUCUAGUCCAACCCUUGGCAAUGCCAGAAUAGGCAGCUGUCCUUUACAAGGAUAAAACCUGCAACCUUGGCAUUAUCAGCACCACGCGCUAACCAACUGAGUUAUCUAGUUGCCAAGAUAGAGGUUCCCAAACUGGUCUGUGGACCACCAAUGGUCUGCGAUCUUCAUUCAGGUUCUCCACAGUGUGCCUGUGGAUUUCCAGUUGAAGCUGGGAGACAGCAAAUCCAUCCCAUUAAGUAUUCAUAUGGAUAUUUAAUUGUACUGAAUUGCUUUUUAAAUUUCUUCUAUUGUAUUUUACUAUACUAGAAUUUGAAUUCUAUGGAAUGCAAUAAAAUACAGUAUCUAAUACUAAAUAAAUCAUACAGACUCUAGCACAGCUCAUUACAAUUGCUAAAACAGGCAAAAAAAACAAUUAGCAAGUGGUUUGUGGAGAAAAGAAGUUUGUAAACCACUGCUCUCAGUGGUGUUUUCAGGGCAGGACUUUAAGACCAAAGUUCCGGGCCCUUUUCAACAGAAUAAGAAAGAGGGACCCCAAGCACCUAAACAAUCUAGUAUUAGGUCGAAAGCUUAACAAACUGGCAGGAAAGGCCAUCUCACUCCCCAAGGUAAAUAUUAAUCCCUAUAGUCCUCUCUGACGUGAAUUUUAUAAACAUACUUUUUAUGUGUUCUGAGCAGGCAAGGCAGAUAAAAUGUUCCUGCUACACUUGGACAUUUGUUUUCAACUUUCCCGUUGUUUUAUGGUAGUGGUCAGCAAUCAAACCUUUGACCGCAUUGUUGGCACUCUUUGCUGUACUUUUAUCUAUAUGAAAGAUUAAGUUAGCCGUGUAUUAAUAUCAAAAGUGAAAGAUGAAACAGCUAUAACUGAAAUGAAGAUAGCCAGAAGUAGGUGGAUGUGUUCUUGUGACUGCUUUUCUUUUUCUUUUUCUAAAAGAGAUAUACAAGAGUAAGAAAUAGUAGCACAAAGGCUGGAUGAACACUUUUCUUACUGAACUCCUUAACAUAGAAUUGUUCUGGUAUAUCUAAUUAAGCUGGACAGGUUUAAGAGACAUCAUGUAGCUUAAAAAAGCACUAAGAAAUACAUGGUUGGAUUAAAAAAAUGUUUCUGUUUUAGACACCUCAGAAAAGCACUCGCCACAAUAAUACUAAUUGGGGAGGACCAGGUGAAUUUCCAAGUGGCUCUCCAUGGCUGGUGCUGUAGGGGUUGAGUGGAGAGCAAGUAAAACCAAAGGCGAUACAAAUCAGUCUUUUUAUUGGAUAAUUUUUUAUGACACACAUAUGCACAGGCCAGUAUUAUGAGCUGGAAUAAAACCUGCGUAAGACAAAACAAGCUUAUUAAAAAAACGUAACAAGAACCUGUUGGAUCAGGCCAAUGUCCCAUCUAGUCCAGCAUCCUGUUCUCACAGUGGCCAACCAAUUUCCUAUGGGAAGCCUGCAAGCAGGACCUGAGCGCAACAGUACUCUGCCCACCUAAAUGUCAUCUGGUGUUAGCGUUCUUUGUGUUAGGGUUUUUUUAUAUAUAGAAAUACAGUGUGUGUGCAUGAGCGCUGUUAAGUAGAUGGGAGCAGUAAUGUGCAGAGGCUUUAUAUAUAGAUUGCCCACUCAUAUGGGGAAAUGGGUUGUGUGUCUUUGAUUUUGUUGCUGGAAUAGACACUUAAAUAGAUCUGUUUGUGUAUAUUCAAGGCUCAAAUUGGUUUUGCUCACAAAACACAAAAGGCAGCUUGACUCAUGCUGAUGUUUGGUAAAUGCUGUUAGACUACACUGCUUUCUUUUAAACAGUUUACUCUUGAAUUUAUCCUAGCAUGGGCACAUGAAUAUUGGUUGCUUCAAAUCUUGAUCUUUUGACCCCUACUCUAGCCUACCACUUAAAAUACCAUGUCUGCUCUUGCAACAGAAUGUAUGUAUUUCUGCUGGCGAGAGUUCAGCUGAUGAAAGAUGUCACUGGUAACAUAAACUGCUUUACACACCUCAUGAAACCAUGAAAGUUCUUUAUAUGAUUUUAGAGCUGGUAUGAGCAGAGAUGUUGAGCCUUUAACAACUGUUGGUUAAGACCUUUUAAACAUGGAAAAACAGUUUUGGGCCCUUCACCCCAUCUACAAAAAAGGAUACAAAUUUGUCAACUGUUUUUUGUUUAGCCAAGCCUAUCCAGAUAUGCCAGUGUGCAUUUUCUUAUGUAAUUUUAGCCUCUAUUUUUAAUGCUUGAUUUUAUUUAUUUAUUUAAGAAACUUGUUUUAACAUUGAUGUUUAUUAGGUAUCCCGAUGUAUAUAUUUUUUAUAAACAGCUUAGAGGCUUUAUUUACAAUUAAGUAGCAAACAAAUAAUGUUGCUAAAAUUAUGUCACAAAGCAUAUGUAAGUGUGUGCCAUCUCUUGCUAACAUAGCAGAGGAUGCAAUCAACAUACAGUGCACUGCACCCUUAAAAUCCUCUUGACUGGUACUUGGCUGUAUUAUGAUGAAAAUAUUUAUAGGAUACAUUAGCUGUGUUUGGAUCUUCUUAUGGAAGGUGGUAUGAAAAUUGGUAAUAACAUCCUAGCUAUUCCAACAGGAAUACAACAUUUCCCAGGAAAAAUUGUAAGGUGGGCACUUACUGGCCAAGCCAAGGUUUCAUUGAGUAGGUUUUUAGAAAUUUUAUUUGAUCUUGCUGUUUCCGUAUUUAUAUUUUAGCUUGGAUGUGUUGCAACUACUCCAGGCCUUUGGGACAGCGUAGAAUAAAAACCUAAAACAAGCUUGGGUAUGAAUGCUUUUUGACAUUUUGAAAUUUUUUUUGAUUGGUUGCAUUUAUAUUGCACUUCUCCCAUAGGGGCAAGUGGCUGAUACAGAAUUUUUUUUCUAGUUGAAAAUCUAACAUCUAAUUAUUUUCCUCCGCUUCCUGUUGUAUGUGAUACUCAGGUCACAAAUUAAGGCUUAGCUCUGUUCAUCGAUUGUUUCGGGAAGUUUUUAAUGUCUGUUCUAAUCCUGAAGCAAAGUUCUUAACCCGAGGUACUAUUUCUGGGUUAGUGGAGUCUGUAACCUGAAGCAUAUGUAACCUGAGGUACCACUGUAUUAGUGCUGAGAAGCAUUGCAUUCUUGCAUGGAAGCAGCUUUGGUGUCUGGAUUUUUGGUGAUGAAUGCUUAAAAGAUUUCUAACUUUCCCCACACAGUAACUUUGUAAGUAUGUGAGUAUUUGUUUUAGUAUGUAGUGGUUAUAAUGUUGACAACCAUGAAUCUAGUCCUCCAUAAAAGUUUUCAAAAAUUAAGUCACAAAAGGCGUACUAGCCUGCUUGCUUGUCCUUUAAGACACACAGGCAGUCUGCAGCAUUCUUAUCUUGUUUAGAGCCACCAUGGUUUAGCACUAUUAUGAUCAGGUAUAGUCAUCCUAGGCUAUUGGGGGCUCCUUCUGUGCAGCACUUUCUAUCCAAACCAACCAACUGCAGUUAGCUAUGUUUAGUCUCAAAACAAGCCAAUUUCAAAUCACAGGGUAUGAAGCUGGUUUUCUGAAAGUAACCCUAGUUAAUGUUAACCACAGUUCCUGGUUUAGAUGAAAUUAUAAGCUACACUUAACUAAAAGCAGAAGCAAAACUUGCUGAACUCCUGCAAUGCUGCUCAUGAAAAUUGAAGGGGAGCAUGUGUACCUGGGAGGCCAAUUUUUGUUCCUCUGGCAUUAAGCCCCUGGUUUAGCUUUGUGUCCGAAUGUGGUUACUGUGUCAGGGAGUUCUAUGGAAGUGGCAACUCUGGUGAAGCUGCACUGUCCAUAAGAGUUCUAUCUAACCCUAGUUUGGUUGAACUUAAAAGGCAAUCUACCUACUGAAUGGUGCACUUGCUAUGUGUGGAUAGCCAUCCAUGUGGAGUAAAUGCACUUUAACCAGAUCAAAAGGUCAAGGUUCUUAGUCUCUCUUGGUAUUAGCAUAUAAAUAGCAGCUAAUGCACCAUGGUAAUUCUAUUUAGACACAACUGUGUGUUUCUAUAAUUAUUAGGAAGUGCAUUUGCUUUAAAGGGGAAUGUUCAUGUUAGAACCAUCUUUGGUUCAAUGCGAUUUGAUUCCAUAUAGGUUGCACAUCUUCCACAGUAAGCUCUGUGUGAAGAAUUUAAACAGCAAUCAAAUUCAGGUGAAGAAAGCCAAUAAGCAAUGAGUAAUUUUAAACAAGUAAAUUUUGUACUUUAGAAGCGCAGUGUGAUGUCACAGGAAAAAACUGAUCUCUCGCUACUUCCCCACUCUGCCUACUUGCUUGGAGUGAAUUCCAUGCACUUUGCUGUAUGGAACCAGUGGUGACCAGGGAAGUAGUAAAAUACAAUACACUCUAGUUGUCGUGCAUUAGGGUUGCCAUACGUCUGAGAUUUCCCAGACAUGUCUGUAUUUUGGGGGCCAGCACCCCUAUCCGGGCAGAUUUUUGCAUUUUGGAUUAAAUGCCCGGGUUUGGUUUUUUAAUUUUUUUUUUUUGUGGGGCACGUGCAUGCACAGAAGGCACUUUGUCCCAGAACAGGAAGUGGGGUGGUCUGGAGUGGCCUUCCCAGGCUUUUCCUGGGCAGCUCAGCCUCCCAUCAUGAGCAGGAGGCCAAAGACAGCAAAGGUAAGAGAGGGGAAGGAAGAGGGAGCAGGCCAGCGAGGAAGGGGUCAGAGGCAGCGAGGGGGUGAGCGAGGGAGAUGCGGGAUGGUGGGGUAUGUGUGUCUGGGUUUUUGAUCCUCGGAAUAUGGCAGCCCUAUCACACAUGGCAUGCUGCUGUAUUGUCCAACAUUAUUUUUUCCUCUGCCUCUGUUCAUUUGAUGGAAAUUACACUCUUGGGAAUACAGGAAGCUGCCUUACACUAUUUCAGACCUUUGGUCCUUCUAGUUCAUUACUGUCUACACUAACUGGCAGUGGGUCUUCAGGGUGUUUCGGACCAGCAGUCUCUACCAGCCCUUUUGGGAGAUCCUGGGAAUUCAACCUAGGAUGUUCUGUGCACAGAGCAUGUGCUCUACCAUGGAUCUGCAGCCCUUUGUACAUUAUAUUCUAUCCUUUUUAUUUUGAAAAUCUAAACCUAAGCUGGGGAAAAAGCAAAUGUCAGGUAUCAAAAUCAAACUUCAGACUAAAUUUCUUCAAAAUCAAAGCUACUUAUAUUGGAUUUCUAGGUGCCUGCAUGCUAGGCUAGAAAAAAAAGAUUCUAUCUUCCAUUUAAAAAAUUUGAUACAGGCCUUUUGGAUCUGGAAAUAAUUUUCAGCUCUCAUUUUAGAUAAGUAGCUAUCUGUUAAGAAAAGACUCGAGUCCAUGAACUCCCAUGCUUUCAACACCAACAGUGAUGUUUUGUACUCUGUAUACAAUCAGAUAAUACUAAAAGAAGCAGGAUAGUUAUUUGUAAUUUCUGAGAAUUUAUUUGAUAUCUGUAGAAAGCUGAUCUCUGUUCUGAGUGUGCUUUAGCCUUGCAGCAAGAAAUGGGUCCUGAUGGUAACGUUGGAGUGGACCUAGGCAGAGAGGCAGUGGCUCUGUUCUCAGUGGCUUCCCAGUGAGUUGUGGAAUGGAUAACAAUGUGGGCCACAGCUGGGAGGAAACAAAAACUAUCUGAUUUGUAUUAUUGUCUCUUUCUUUAUAAAGGGUAGCAAACUUUCUUUCACCUAGGAAAGCCAUUUUUUGUUGCGCUUUGUACGUACUUGUGCAGCUAUCCUGAGGAAUGAUCCUAUUUGAAGAGGACAAGGAAACAUGCAUGCACUAAGUGCCAUUUAACUCACCAUUUAACUCACUCGUGUUGUUUUCCCCCCAACCACUUUACUUAGAGGCAGAAGAGGAUAUUUCAUUUAGGUAUACUGUUGUAGGGCGAUUACAACUUGAUUUUGAUGGAUCCUCUAUCUUAACCAUGGUGAUAAUGAAAUAUGGAAGGUUGUGACAGGUCUUUGAGUGCAAGGUUCUUUGCUUGGGCCUCUGACAGAGAGAAAGGAGUUAAAACAGCUGAUUUUGGGGGUCCUCCCUGGCUAGGCCAAAUCUAGCAUGGGUUGGAUUCUGUGACUUACAAUAACCUCUCCAGCUCUAUGUUUAGAAUGAAGGUUGAAAUAGAUUUGCUUCAAGGUUAAGAAGCACCUUGCAAAAAGAUUAAAGAAUAUCAUUGGAUGGUGGUCUUACUCUGCUUGGCAUGGAGUGCAGAAUAUCUGGUAGGAUCAAAAAAGCUGCUUAAGCUCAUAAAAUUGAUUUGCAUCUUUUUAAAACGGCUGACUCUUCAUUUUGAAAGCCUCCUUAAUUUCAAAUGCAGUUUCUUAUUCAGCAAGAGUGGCUGUUGUUCAAGACAAUGUAAAUCCCUUUGGAGUCAAGUAAUAUUGGAUUCGGUUUGAGAUUGCUAGUAUCCCAACAAAAUAUUGAUUUGCUGCCAUUAGUAUUCCAACCUCCAGCUUAUAAGCAUUCUUCUAGUCCUCCUCAUGUAGAAAAACAAGAAAUUUAGGAUGAUCAGAUGGAAUUCAGUAGGAGUCAUGCAUUAGUUCUUCUUAAGUGUAGACUGGUUUAAUGUGCAUAAAUUAUUGCAGACGUUCUUUCUGCUUCUGUUUCAGAAUUAUGAUGCAGACUUCCAGAUUUGCUUGUUUGUGCUUUUGGGGGAAAUACUUACUAAUCACAGCAUUUAUACCCCUUUCUUGAGAAAGAAUGGCUUAAGAGUAAGUAAUAAAAACAACACAGUCCCUACCUUCAGGCUUAGAAUCUGAAAAGAUGUGACACAAAAGAAUAAAGUGAUGGAGAGGGAAGAGAAAAAUGACAUCAGGCUCCUGAUAAAAAGUUCUUACAAUGACCAGCUUGAAGGGAAACGAGCUGCUUAUAGUCAAAAACAAAUUAGGUCUUAAUGAGUCACACCAUAUUGGAAGUGACUGUAAUGCAGGCAGAAGUUGUUGACUUUACAACCACCUUCCCUGACAGAUGUUGCCUGGGGCUGAUAGGAGUUGCAGUCUAAAACAUCUGAAGGGCAUUGUGUUGGGAAAGGCUCCCUUACAGGGUGGGGCCUGUUCAGCUUAGCUGCAUAGGCCAGAACUUAUUCCUCCCACUGCUGCAGGUAGGUUCUCAGGGGCCCAGUUGAUACCAUCAUCCUCACAGCAGAUAGUUGCUGUUCUUAUAGGCAGUUGGUUCCAAAAUCCUGGGGAGGGACCACCUGACCUGGCCCAGGUAGUGAAAGCAAUGUGUGGAUAUGGUAGAUCCUUCUGGCGGUUCUUUUAAAUCAGGGAGGCUACAAAUGGUAUCUGGUAGGAGUUUGUUUUUAAUGCACUUUGACCUCUUUUCCUGGAUCUAAUUUAUUUCGUUUGCCUUUGUAGCUUUGGUCGCUACUAGUGACUUGUGGCAUGCAGAACUUCUUGUCAGAGUACAUACAUAACAACCAGGCAGUGCUUCUGGCACUGUGCAGGAUGACGACACUGCUGUUUACACAGCAGCAACACCUGCAGUACUUGGAUUCCUUCUAAGAUCAUAGAGGCAGCUCUUUGUCGGAAUGGCACAUCUGUCCUCGCUGACAACUGCAGCAGCGGAAUGAUGCCAGUUGAGAGAAGAGGCACUGUGUGUGUGUGUCUGUGAGGCCACAACAACAAAUAAUAUUCUGUCUGACUGACUCCUAAAAUGAUAGCAAAUUGUUAUCAUAGGUGAAAGAGUCCAUCCCAUCCCAUGCAAGCUCUGCUGAGAAUCUUUAUAUGUUCAUGACUUCUCAUAUUUGGGGAAUAAAAGAAGAGUCUCCAAAGUAGUGCUAAUGAGAACUCUAAUGAAGUUAGCAUCUGUAAAAGAAUGCUAAAAUUCUUGAGGAGCUGAAUUGCUUUCUGUGUGCAAAAUUCCAGGAAAAAACUCAAGUGUUUCAUGUUUACCAACUCUAGUUUGACACCCAAGUUUUAUGAAAAACUAUGUAGAUACAGUAAGUGUGCAACUUACUGGCAUUUAACUUGUGCGCAUUCAGCUUCAUGUGCUUGGUAGUUUAAAAAGGGGGGGCAGGUGCCUGCGGAAAAAAGACUUUGGCAAUCCCACAUGCCAUUGAACCCAAUGUGUUUUGACUACGGUAUAUGUAAUUUUGGCUUUAGGCGAGAUCCUGGAAUGUAAGCCCCGCGUAAGUUGUGGGCUUACUUUACAAGCUGACUAUAUGCUUAAAACAGGACACAUGAAGUAUCUCAAGCUCAUAUUGAGCAGCUCUUCCUUCCUCAUUGAUCAUUUUAAAAAUAGCAUUUAGGCAGAGCUUUAGGUGGGUCAGUAUUAUCCUAAUGCAUAUGGGGUAAGUAAGGCCAUCUAGUGAGCUCAUGGCAAAGUUAACACUUGGUGUAGAUACUUAAAGCUGUGUUUUCUUUUAAAAAAAUCAUUUUGUUGUGCUGUUGUUUGAAUAUUACUAUGCAUUAAACCAAUGGUUUUUUUCUGGGGGGUACACGGGGGUAUGCAUACCCCUAAACAUUUUGUCAAUCUAAGUUUGGCCUCAUUGAGGGGCAGGGCAGUAUUUCAAAAUGAGUAGGAAAAAGAGAGUAUCCCUAAACAUUACUUUUUUAAAGCAAAAAAGCACUGCAUCUCCCCAAAAUGCUACCUUGAUACCACCAAGGAAAGUUGGUAUGGACUAGUUUCAUUGAGGUGUCUAGUAAACCUGUGUCUGAGUUGUACCACUUCAGUCUGGUGUUUUAAACUCUUUGCUGCACUUUAUCACCUGAAAAUAAUUGAUGAUCACAAAUCUCCCUUUAAAAGUUUCAUUGAUAGUUGUUUUUGUAGGACUGACCUUGGAGAGGUUCUAUGGAUUGAGUAUGUGGCAGUUUGGCCAAGGUAACCCUGCCAUUCUGGUGUCAUCAAGGCUUCAGAUUUCAUAAGAGAGACAGUGACAGCAUACAAAAAUAAUGGAAAAAUAAAUGCCUUUUAAUAGAAUCGUAGAGUUGAAAGGAACCACAAGGGUAAUCUAGUCCAACCCCCUGCAAUGCAGGAAUCUUUUUUUACCCACAGAGGGUUGAAUCCAUGGCCCUGAGAUUGAGUCUUAUGCUCUAUCGACUGAGCUGUCCUGUCUGUACCCCAUAAAGAAGUGGAGAAAUCAUAGCCGUUACCUCUGAGUACAGAAAGAAAUGACUUGAGUUCUUGGGUCACUAUGGUACUCUGUAACCUGCCUGUUAAUCUUUUGCAUGUUGAACAUAGUAAUAAUGUUAUUGGACUAUUGGCUGUAGUUCACUGGGUUUUGGCUGAUGAGUCAUGACUUGAAACUUGCUCCGUAAUUUGUAUUGUAUUACUGGUGUCAAUACAAUUUUCAGUUUUAAAAAUACUUUAAGAGGAAGAGAGAAUAUUUUUUAUGCUAUAGGACUGACUGUUUUUACAGUUGUUUCUUCUUCUUGGAGACCCCUGCCUGGAACUGGUGUUCAGUGGGAAGGGAGCUAAGGGCCUCUAGCAAACUAAUUUGCACCUCAUCAAGUGAUUAAACCAGUACAAAGCCAAUAUAUAGUUUGGCAUGUGUCCACAAACUGAGAGAAAGAAAGAGGAUGAGGAGCAAGGUGGGCACCUGUAGUAAAAAUAAAACAAAAUAGUGAAUUUCAUAUGGCAGGAUGGAGCUAAAGGUUGGUCCCCAUUCUAAAGGCCGACCCUAGUGGAAUUACAAAAGUAUUUAUUACGUUUUUUGCACUCUGCAUAGUUGUUGCUUUUCUCUUUGUUAUGAUGGAUGACAAAAUUAUAUGCAACCCUUAAUUUUCCCAGCUUCUACUAACAAGACUUACUUUUUUGCCCAGGUAUAGGAUCAGCCCCUGUUUUUUCUGUGUUAGAUGCUUUUAUGUUUUAUUAACUAUGUUUUAUUAGCUGUGUGUUAGAUGCUUUUAUGUUUUUAUUAGGUAUAGGCUGCAAUUGUCUUUUAAUAGUAUAUUGUACACUGCUUAAGAGUUUUUUAAAAAAACUUAUUAAGCAGUUUCUAAAUCUUUUCAACAAAUAAAUAAAAAUAACAUUUGUCUAUUGAGUAGUCAGUACUUCAGUAUUGCAGAAGUUGUUCAUAGCAAUAAUUGCACAAAUUCUUGCAUUUUCUAGAUGGAAUGAAUCUUCCUUGUUGAAUGCAUCCUGUCUGCUUGGUAGAGUUUACUUGUGGAGACACAUUGUCCUUUGGGUUGAAGCCACUUUGUGGCAGACUGAAUUGUGGAUCCCAGAAUCCCAAGCUGCUUGACGAGGAGGAGACAGCUGAAUCACGUUAACUUGACAUCACAGCCACAAUGGUGCUGUCACAGAGGCAACGAGAUGAACUGUAAGUAGCUCGAGAAUAUUAAUCUUACCUUGCUUUCAGUUGGCUGUUAUGGAUCAGAUGCAAUCAUGUUUUCUUAACCAAUUUUAAAGCUUUCUGCAGGCAUCUUAAUCAGAAUGCACUAGACAUUCGUUUUUAAAAAAUAAUUAAAAAAAUAGAUCUGGCCGCAAAGCAAGAAUGAAGAAAUGGGUUUAGGAAUUUUGUGGGAUCCUCCAAAUUCUGGAGCUAAGCAGUGUGCUGGCCAUGAUGUUAAUUUGUUUUUUGGGAGAUGGGUGGGAAUGGGAUGGAAUUUGUAUUCUGGGGAAAAAAAGUCUUCCUUUUUUUCCUUGGCAGGCUUUGUAAGCACAUGUCUGAUAUGCUUCUGUUAACUUUGAAGCUGUGGUUAUGGGCUGUUCCACAGUUGAUGCCAUGGGAUAUCAGGAGUGGGGCAGGUGGGAAUGGCUUGGGAAAAACUGCCUUGCAGGCCAAAUUGGGACCCAGCUACCCCACAUUCUGGAGGUUCCUUACUAAUGCUACAGAAGGUCCUUACAAGAAAUCGGUGGCAAGCCCAGUUCUUUUCAGGUUUAUUUUUACUGCUCAGAGGGCUGUCUUUGCCAAGUCUUCAAUCUGGACUGAGUAUUUUGUUCCUCCUGCUGCUGUCGAUGCUGUUAAUAUGUAUUAGGAUGAAGUUUUUGUUUUAUUGUAGACCAUCCUUAUUGCCCUUGAUUGGUUGGACAUACAUUCUUUAUAAAAAGAAACACAGACCUGUCAGAAACCUAUACAGUUAAGCCUGAGUAGAUUCCUGACUCCCUGCUUUUCUUCCCUAUCUGUCAUUUGCCCCAGGUUUUUUAUAUUGUGAGAUUGUGGUCUGGAACAUGAGUGUUUUGCUAGUACAAUAUCUAAUAUGUUUGUAUUUCUAAAUAUUUUCACCCCACACUUCAGCUAUAGUGAUAGGACUGUUUACAAACUUAAUUGUUUUAUUCUAACUCAGGCAUAGGCAAACUUGGCCCUCCAGAUGUUUUGGGACUACAACUCCCAUCAAACCUAGCUAACAGAACCAGUGGUCAGGGAUGAUGGGAGUUGUAGUCCCAAAACAUCUGGAGGGCCAAGUUUGCCUAUGCCUGUUCUAACUUGAAUACCAAAUUUAUCUUAAAAGCUUCAAAGUUAUAAAUGCAGGAUUAAAAUGACAUCUAAAAUGCACAGGAAAGUAAGAAGGUCUUUCUUUACUUGCUGCUGAAAGGACAGUAAGAAAGGUGCCAGGUGGAACUUCUGUGGAGAGUGUUCCACAACAGGGGUGCCGCCACUGGAAAGACCUUGGAUGGGGAAAGCACCUGUUAGAUAAUAUAUGGAGGGAGAUGUUUCUUAACGUUCCCAGUCCUGACCUGCAAAGGGCUUUCCAGGUCAAAACCAGCUCUUCUCAGUUGGGCCUGAAAACUGGGUAGGAACUGUUGCAGUUUUCAAAGUAUGGCUAUAAUAUACCCAGUCUCAGUCCCAGUUCCACUCUGCAGAAUAUGGUUUCUAUAUUGCUAACAAAAGUUUGUGAAUGGAAAAGAAUAAAUAAUUGUAAUGCUCUCUUGAGGGAGGGUUUAUUUGCCAUAAAUGUACAUCUAUUGCAGUCGCUGGUGCACAUUUUUCUGUAUUUUGGAGGUUUGGGGCAGAGUUGGCUUGCAUAUUCCAAGGAGAGCAUUUAGUGAGUAGAAUGUGUUUAAGUUCUAUUAACUGGAUAAGCAAGAUAAGGAUUCACUGAGGCUGAGAGCACUUGCUCACAAAGGGCACUGCUUUUCUCUUUCUGCAUGAGUUGGGCGGUAGACAAACUUAUUUGAUACUCCUGUUAAGAUACUUACGGCAUUCCAAGAACUUAACACUGUAUGUUAAGCAAACCUGUAAUGCUGGCAAGGUGAUCUUUCAGCAGUAUUUGAACAGUUAACUGGUCAGUUAAUUGCUAACUGAUCUGCUGACAAAUAUUGUCCUGCUUCAGCCAGCCAAGUAAAUGCCAGGUCCCUUUCAUUUAGGCCACAGUCUACCUUGACUGUCAGAGCACCAUCUGUUAGAACAGGGGUGUCUCUUUUGUCCUCAUCACUGCAGGGGUCAAUAUCUGAUGCUUGCACUGACAUGCAUGCUAAUCUCUGGAGCAUGUGCCAGCAUUGUGAUGUCUGCUGCUGUUAAAUUGACUUCUUGCUUUGCUCAUUCUUGGUCACAUGGUAGCUCAAAAACAACUGCAAAUGGUUGGAAUAAAGACUGUGUGUUCUGAAGUUUUAACUGCAUAACAUCUGCAAAUAGGAUGACAAAUUAUGUGACAAAUGCUGAAUUUAUAUCUCCACGAUUGAUUUUAUUGAUUAAAAACAUCGUCUAGUAAUGGUUCUGCUGGCAGUCAUGAGGAGGAGCAGAAAGCUAUGCAGAGCCUGAAGCCUUGUACCCACACUUUCAACACUAUCUCUGCAAGAUUUUUUAAAAAAAGAGAAACAAAGUUCUGUGCCUUCCACAAAUUAGUGUAUUUUUAUACCCACACCCACACACCUGUUUACAAGGCAAGGUGACUCCUAGCCUGCACAGUGCCUCUGAUGACUACAGCAUUUUAACGAAGGUGUGGUUGAAUAGCCUGCCCACACUUUUGCUCGUAACAGAAACUAAAAUUGUUUUCAGGAGUUGAACUGGAGUCAUGAUCUACGCAUGCAGGAGAAUGAGGUGGGAGGAAAUGCCACUUCUCAUUGCUCUCCUGUGUGCUAAGUGUCUUCCAGGUAAAAGUUACCUGGGGUACCAGGGUACCAGGUACCAGGGAUACCCUGUGGUAUUAGUGUUUUGAUUUCAGAGCAUUUUCUAAUACAGCGAAGCAUUCAGAAAUUGAUCUGGCCGCAAUCUGAAAUGAAAAUAGUCCAUUCUGCCACUUCAUUUUUGCUGCAUUUAAAGACCAGGCAUAACAAUUCGUUGCUGCAUCUCUUUGGGCUGUGUUAUGCUAUCACAGUGUGUAAGUGCACAUGCUCCAUAACUGCAAAACCCCUUACACUGCUCUUCCUGGGAUUGGUGAUGCUGUGUGUCAAGAUUAACUUUUGUUUCCUGGUCUUUCAUUUUAAGAAAUAGUGAUUGCCUCCAAGCCUUGCAGAAUUUAGUCAACCCUGCUGUGAGCAGAUACAGAUAUAAGGUGGGAUUUAUUAGACCAAUUCAGCCAUGAGCCCACCUUAGGCAAGCAGCUCCCCCAUAGGCUCUUAUUCCCCUUCCUGCAAUUUGGGAUGAGAUAUAACCAACCUAUAGAAUAGUCCAGCAUUUUAAGGAAUACUUGAAAAUGUCUGCAAAGUACUUCCAACAUUUGGUUUUGUUCCCUGUAAAUCAGUGAUGAUCAAACUUGGCCCUGCAGCUGUUUUGGGACCAUAAUUACCAUCAUCCCUGACCACUGGUCCUGUUUGGCCAGCACUGCUGUAAAUGAAUAUUAUUAUUCUAGCCCAUGUCUGCCAACACUUGCAAUGAAAAUGCCCCUGUAGACCAGCAACACCUGUGUGCAGCUUGGUGAUAUAGCCAAAACAAGGACAAUGGUUCUGGCACCCACUUAAUCAUCAAAACCAACCCUGUGAGGUGAGGUAAGCUAAGAGGCAGUGACUGGUCCCCAAGGUCGCCCAGUGAACUUUGUGUGGCCAAGUGGGUAUUUGAACCCUGAUCUCCCAAAUCCUAAUUUGAUACUCUAACCCACUACACCACACUGGCUCUCAGAGUUAACAUGCUGGCUUGUUAGCCAUUUAUAUGUUUGAGAGAUUCAGUUUGUUCUUGUUCCAUCUGGUAUGGGUGGGGCUGCCUCAAAUUAGCAGGUUUGAUGUUGCAGAGCAACAACAAAUACAAGGAACUUGUGCAUCCUGUUACUGCGUAGCAAGGGUGCAUCUGAAGAUGUCAGGCCAGUGCAGUGCAGGUUUUGCUGGCAUCCUUGUGUGCAUGUUACUUGCAUGACAGGAGGACAGAGCUGUGAAGAUGGCAUUAGAUUAAUGUUCCUCUAACUUGUAUUUGAUAAGUAAGUUGGUGGGGGUUUUUUUGCAAGUCUGUUGGCACCCUGCUAUGAACCUCGUCCAGCGGUCAGCAGACUUUUUCAGCAGGGGGCCGGUCCACUGUCCUUCAGACGUUGUGGGGGGCUGGACUAUAUUUCGAAGAGAAAAAAAAAGGAAUGAAUUCCUAUGCCCCACAAAUAACCCAGAGAUGCAUUUUAAAUAAAAGCACACAUUCUACUCAUGUAAAAACACCAGGCAGGCCCCACAAAUAACCCAGAGAUGCAUUUUAAAUAAUAGGGCGCAUUCUACUUGUGUAAAAACACGAUUCCCGGACCAUCCGCGGGACGGAUUUAGAAGGCGAUUGGGGCAGAUCUGGCCCCCGGGCCUUAGUUUGCCUACCCAUGACCUAGUCAUUAUAAAAAGCAAUAGUAAAUGAGUAGUAGAAAGGCCAAUACUCGUGUUGUUUUAAACCAGAGGUUGCUAACCUGUGGGCUUCUGGAUGUUGUUGGACUCCCAACCUCCAGCAAGAUAUUGGGAGUUGGAGUCCAGCAGCAUAUGAAGAGCCACAGUUUUCUUUCACGUGCUUUAAACCACAGCUUAGAUUAGACUUAUGCAUCCUGUUAGUGCAGAUCUGAAACUGCCAAGCCAAUGCAAUGCAGUUCUUAAACUCUGAGUUGAAGUGAACGAGUAGUGUUCUGGUGGUGCAUGUUGUUCAAUAGUCCCAAUGCUGCUGUUGCUGCUUCCCUGUUCUUUUCUUCAGUGCACCAGGGAGCAAACAAACCAGAGGCUGGCUUGAUGUUAAAGUGUGAGUUAGCACUCAGGGAUUUUUCUCUCCUAACCAUAAUGUUAAACCAAGGUUUGUUCUUGGCUUGCUGUCAUGGCUUGUUAGUUGUGCUGGUUCAUGUCUAAUGUCUCUGUGUUUUAUUUCCUCCCUAGAAAACUGAAGAAAGGAGCGAAGCAUGAUUUGCUUGUCCAUCUUUAAGCAUAGUUUAAAAUAAACUAAGGUUUAAUGUGAUUGUUAAUUGGGACACACACACACACACCCAUCACAGGGAAAGCCCAAAAUUUUCAGUCCCUGCGAAUGAGUUAUAUUUGUUCCACUGUAUAAUUAAACUAAGUGCCUUCAUAUAUGGAGAUUGCAUGAGCAAUCUCCCAUUGACAUUUAGAGAUGCAGAUGCUUCAUGAUCUCUGCUCCAUCCAACAAGGAGCAGAUUCUGGGCCAGGAGGCACUUCCUUCCAACAGUUAUUGUACUGAGACCUCUGUAGUAAAUAGUCUUAGGUUCCAGGUGGCCUUAUCUCUAGUGAUGCAUGUUAGCUUUGUUUAAUUUCUUGCAGGCCAAUUUGAAGAGAGGUUCAAUUGAACCACUCUCAUCUUAGCUCCCUGCUUGUCCAUUGUUCUUAAAACACCAGAGAAGAGAGUUUAAGCCAGCUUUGCAACUCUGCUAAAAGCUCUCUGAAGUGAAAAGGUUUUCAGUCUGCCUUCAAGAGGCUGAAAGAAAUUGCCAAGGGAAAUUUUUGGGGUAGGAAGUUCAUAACUGCCAUAUCACUACCAAGAAGUGACUAGAUCAGCCCUCAGCAUCUUGGUGCCAUUUGGGUGUUUCAGACUCCCAGCAAUCAUUAGCCCCUGGCUGGAAUGGCCAAUGGCCACAGGUGAUGAGUUGUAGUCAACAAAACGUUUGGAAGGGACCAAGUGGGUGAAUGCUGGUCUAGAUCAUAUGACUACGCACAGUACCUCAGAAAGCAGGGACAUUUGCAAAGGAGACUCUGGAUGGUCCUAAUGUAUAGAGGAGUGUCUUGUAACUAGUUUUUUAUUAUAUGAAGUUGCUGGAAGCAGUCAUUGAAGGAUUUGGUUUUUAAGAUGUUGCUUUCUAUGUUGUAAUUUUGAUUCACUGAUUUUUUAAAUUAAAUUCCUACUUGUUUUAAUUUUUUUGCACCGUUCUGUGAAUGUAGGGGUGUGUGACACACACAAAAGUAAAGGCACAGCGUCCAAGUCUGCAAACACCCUUCUAAUUGAAAUGUGAAAUCGACUUAAAAAGCAACACAUUUUGGGAAGCAGCAGGGGAAUGGCAUGGCUAUGAAAUUUGAGAAGCAGUUUUAAUUACGUUUGGGUGGCUCAGCAAUUUUUCUAUCAUUUUUAGGUCCAAAGAGCCUAUGUCUAAUCACAGUAGAUCAGAUAAGGAAGAACAAACUCUUGGUCUGGUAAUCCAGCACCCUUUGUUCUCCUAAUUAUUUCGGAUGAUCAAAACUAUCUGAUCCAACUGCAAACACCUAGUGGGGUGUGGGCCAUUGGUCACGUUCUGGGGCCAGAAUUUGGUCUGAGCAUCUUGGGUGCUCUUCCUUGAAGAAUUGAAGGGCUCCAGCCUGCUUUGUUGAGCAUUCUCAGCAUUCUUCUCUUGGGGCUCGGGGGACUGCACCAGGCUCUCCUCCUUCUGACCCCUCGCCACACAAUCCUCAAUGCUCUCCAACUUCCAGAAGAUCAAUGCCAGAGACCUUCCAGUGAGAAGGCUUUGCUCACCAAUCAAGCUUAACAGUUCUCCAGUAAAUAACUCCUCUGUUGCUCCAGGCAGAUUAGUUAGCUUUUGAGAUGUUAUUUGAAUGGCGGUAUGGGCUAUUACUUUGAGCUGCUUGGGUUGGUCUAAUCAUUGUGGGCUUUCCUGCAGGUCUGUUUUUCUUUGAACCCUUUGAUCUAAGGCCUUUUAGCUGUUUGGGAGGAUCUUCCCAGUCACUGUCUAACUGCUGAGAAUUGGAACUAUCUAGGGAUUGUCACCACCAUGGAGAUUAUCUCCCUCCUCUGUUUGGACUUCCAAACUUGUUCCUAGCCCAUCAGUAGCCCCCUUUGCUAUUUCGGGAGUUAUCCAUUCCGAGAAGUCAGUCAAACUUAGUUGUUUAGAUUUGGAUCUGGUCAAGUGGCUUGGCACGGAACUGCUUUUUCUUGGGCAUCAGGGCAGGAUCAAGACCCCCGGAACAAUCCCAAACAAUCCUCGUUACUUACGAUUUGUUCAGUUUCCAAACUGGGGAUGGGAAAUUUUAGCCAGUAGACAAAACUGCAAGUCAGUCACAGAGGCAGGUUUCAUCGGGCGUUCAUUGUUGUGGUAAAUCAGGUUGAGCGGUAAAACAAUAAAACAAUAAACUAAAAACAAGGAGAGGCGAUGAGACAGCCAGUAAGAGGUUAAAAAUGUGAGAUUAGAAUCAGGAAGUAGCUAAAAACUACUUAAAAGCUUUAUUGAAGGCAGGAGCUUUGCCUAGGCUGCUGUCUCGGCUGCCAUCUUGGAAAAGUCAGGACCAUGCCAUUUUUACUUUCGCGAAUGAGUGGCUCCCGUCUCCAUUACCGAAGUUACAAGUUUAAUUGAUCAGAUGAAAGCAAGAAAGGCUGCCAGCCCUGAUGCUAUUCCAUCUGAAUUGAUCAAAGCCAAGUCAGAGUGGUGGGCUCUGAUACUAGCGGAUCUAUUCACUGUGAUAGAUAGAUCUGGUAUCAUGCCUAACUCAUGGCAGCAAUCUAUAAUUAUCCCAAUUUUUUAAAAGGGUGACAAAAAGCUGCCAUCCAACUAUUGACCAAUAAGUCUAUUGUCAAACAUUGGGAAAUUGUGCGCUAAACAUCUGCUAAAUAAACUAACUAGUUGGCUUGAUGAAAAUAACAUCAUAGGUCCAAGAGCAGGCAGGGCUUAGGCCAGGGAAAUCCACUUUACGCAACUGCAUGCUGUUAUCUCAAUUAGCCGCUAAGUAUACGCGGCUUCAUAAAGAAUGUCUUUAUGUGGCCUUCCUAGAUAUCAAGGCUGCUUUUGACACUGUUGACGGGGCUGUUAUGGACCAAAUUGGAGACAAUGGGCCUAGAACCUAGAUUACUAUACUUGAUCAAAAAGCUUUAUACAAAGAACACCUGUCAUAUAAGAACAACACCAGGGAAUGUAAUGAUAGAUCCCAUCAUUAUAAACCGAGGAGUAAAGCAGGGCUGUGUACUCGCUCCCUCUCUUUUUAAUCUUUUUCUUAAUGACCUCACUUCUUCACUAAAACAGGUGGAUGCCCAUAACCCAAAACUCAACGCAUCAAGCAUCCCUAUUCUCCUAUACGCAGAUGACUUGAUUUUGCUUUCAUGGACAAGAAUUGGCCUAAAACGAUUGUUAAAUUCCUGUAUUGACUAUUUGUCCAGAAUGAAAUUGUGCAUGAACUUUGAUAAAACCAAAAUAAUGGUUUUUGGGAAUUCACGCAAGAGCUAUAGCUGGGUACUUGGUGGAAAACCCAUCUGGCAGGUAUUUGAAUUUAACUAUCUGGGAAUUACAUUCCAUCAUAGGCUUCUAUGGUCCUCGCACCGUGCAACAGCGGUGAAUGCCAGUAAGAUGUCUAUGCAGGCCAUAAUGCGAUUUUUCAUAACAAGAGGUAAUUCGCGUAUCCCCUCUGCCCUCAAGGUCCUCAACGCCAAAAUAAUAGCUCAGUUGCUCUAUGGAAUUCCAGUCUGGCUGCCAGGGUUUACCCAGCUGGUAGAACAAGUGCAGGCAGCUUUCCUUUUUAAGAUUUUUGCUGUCCCACGUUGUGUACCCUAUGCAGCCUUGUGUCUAGAGGGAGGUCAACGCAAGGUAGAGACAGUUGCCUGGGUGAGAUUUCUUCUAUGUUGGUUAAACAUCUACCCCGCAUUAGAUAAAGAUCCCUUCCUCAGUGGUCUUGUCAGAUCCCUUUCUUUCCCCAGGGCUACAACAGUUUAACAUAAAGAUACAGCAACUUGGACUGUCAAUGGAACUUUUGCGAUUGAUGCCUCCACCAUCUGCCAAGUCUAUAAUAAAAACUAGGUUGUGGGACAUUGAAUGCCAGGAACUAACAGCAGCAGCAGCAGAGAAAACAUGUUCCCCUCUUUACUAUCAGCUUUCUUGGGCACAUGAAACUAAUUAUAAUUAUCUUGAAUUUCUGCUUAUCCCUCAAGAAAGAAGGGCAUUUUCGAUGGCCAGGUUUAAUUCAAACCCAUCAUACCUCCUUUGUGGUAGGUUCUCAGGAAUGGUGGAAGAAGAAAGAAUUUGCCCAUGUGAAGAUCACCUGAUGGAAACUCUUACUCACAUGGUUCUUAAAUGUAAACUAUAUGCUGAUCUCCGCCAGCAGUUUCUAGAUCAACUCUGCAUCCCCAAAUGGAAACCAGAGUUGGAGGUCAUACAUUUUCUAUUACUGGGGAAUGAUCAGGAGCUCACCAAAUUAGUGGCUAAAUAUCUUUAUUUGGUUUUUUGUCGCAGAAACACAUUGCAGACGCCUGAUCUCCCUGGAGACCUAGAGAUGUAAUGUUAGAUUUUUUUGCCUCUUUUCAUUUCACAAAUGAAGGGGAGGUGGUAAUUCUGUAUUGAUUUACUAUGGAUGUUUGUAUGUGAUGCCAAUAAAAGGUUUGAUGAUGAGACAAAAAAAGAAAAGAUAUAAAAGAUAUGGGAGGGAAUGUUGCUUCAGAUAUGGGAGGGAAUGUUGCUUAAGUAAGACUUUAAGGGUCAAAACCAGCACUUAAAAUUGAAGAUGGAAACAGGUAACCAAUAUAGAUCUCUUAGGGUGUUGUGUGGUCCUUGUAGAGUUGUACCAGUUACAAAUACAGAUGCUGGCAUUUUUGACCUGUUGAAGCUUUUGAAUUCUCUUCAAAUGCAGAUUUGCACAGAGUGCAUUAGAGUGAUAGGGCAGGUAUCUCUUACCAAGGCAAGGGUACAGCUGGCGCACUUUGUGAAGAAGAAGGCACUCUGGGCCACAGCCACCUCUUAGGAAUCCUAGAGAAGCCCCAUUCUGUGGAUCAGCAGUUCAAGGAUGCAUAUGACACUGUCCAGGUCCUGUUCACUAAUUACUUGAUCAAAAAAUCCUACACUCCCCACCACUUCUGUCACACCUGGGUUGAGUUUCAGUUUAUUGUUUCUCAGCCAGCUCAUUACUGGUUCCAAGCAAUGAUUCAGGGUUUCCACUGCCGCAGUGGGAUUUAAGAAAAAGGAGAAGCAUAAUUGAAUUUCAUCAGCACACUGAUGAUGGUAAACUCCAGAUCCUUGGACAACCACCUCCAGUUAGCAACAUCUAGAUAUUUGAGUAAUAGGAAAAGCCCCUGGGAUUAUUUGCAUUGGUCAGAAGAGGAUGUUCUAUCUCCCCUGGCACAACAGUAGAAAACUCACCUAACCACAAGGGAACCGCAGCAAAUUUCCCCAUUCCUAUUAGGUGGUCCAGAAUUAUACCAUGGUCUCUAAAGCAUCUGAGAAGUUAAGGCAAAACAACAAGAAUGCUUUUCCCAAUAAGUCUCCUGGCAGUAGAUAACUAUUAUCCUACAGCACGUGAAGAACCUUUUUUUAUACUACAGUGAGUAUGGAGGGAAGUUAUAAGGACCACCAGAAAGUUCAGUAAACCAUUGUGCACAAUAUCCAAAAGAGAACUAGCCAUUAGUUCAAAGAAAAAGGGAAGGAGGUAUUCUUUUACUUGUUCUUUUUCUUGUUGCAGUCAAGCAUGUUUGGGUACAUAGCUGUGUGGAUGGGAGGGGGAGAGAAAUUUCUACAGAAUUAAUUAUAAAAAGAAUAUUAAUUAAAGACCUAAAUCUCACUUCAUUUAGAAAUCGAGCGAUAGCAGAUUACCUUCGUUCUAAUGGCUAUGAAGAGGCAUACUCUGUUUUUAAAAAGGAAGCAGAGCUUGAUGUGGUGAGUACAGACUUCGUAUUCCUUGUGUGAUGCUCCCAAUUAACCUUUCUGUCAUAUAUGCAGUAACUUUCCAAAAAGAGGUAAUGGAAUGGAAUGCUCACAAAUCUCUGCAAUUAACCUGAAUGGUUACUUAAGCUUCUACUAUCAGUGACUGUUAAGUUAACCAAGUUUGUGGAAUUGUUAAUUUUCCACGUAUCUUUACUUGAGGUCUGUACAUUGAGAAUGCAAGGUAAAUGGACCAAGAUAUUCAGUACUAGCCACAAUGGCCAUGUUCCACCUACACUAUCAGACACUGUUGCCUCUGAAUUCCAGUUGCUGGGAAUCACAGGUGGGCAGAGUGCUGUUGCGCUCAGGUCCUGCUUGCAUGCUUUCCACAGGCAUCUGGUUGGUCACUGAGAAUAGGAUGCAGGACUAGGUGGGACAUUGCCUGAACAAACAAGCUCUUACAAUGUUCACAUGUCUAUAAAUCUUUGCACCAUGUCACAUUGUCCUUGAAACUAAAAAGCAUGAAGGAUAUCUAUCCUAUCACAUUAACUUCACAUGGCCCACCUCAUUAAAAGAAAACCCAUUCCUUAAUAAUAAUAAUAAUAAUAAUAAUAAUAAUAAUAAAUUUUAUUUAUAUCCCGCCCUCCCCAGCCGAAGCCGGGCUCAGGGCGGCUAACAACAAUAAAACAGUACAAAAGUACAGCACAAACAACACUCUAAAAUCAUUCAUUAUAAAAUUAAUUAAUUCAAGCCACUGGCAACCAUUGGGCCAGAGCUCCGCAAAGAUUGCCGAGGGAGGGAGUCAGGCUGUGCCCUGGCCAAAGGCCUGGUGGAACAGCUCUGUCUUGCAGGCCCUGCGGAAAGAUGUCAAGUCCCGCAGGGCCCUGGUCUCUUGUGACAGAGUGUUCCACCAGAUCGGAGCCGCGGCCGAAAAAGCCCUGGUUCUAGUUGAGGCCAGCCUAACUUCUCUGUGGCCUGGGACCUUCAAGAUGUUUUUAUUUGAAGACCGUAAGUUUCUCUGUGGGGCAUACCAGGAGAGGCGGUCCCGUAGGUAUGAGGGUCCUAGGCCGUAUAGGGCUUUAAAGGUUAAAACCAGCACCUUAAACCUGAUCCUGUACUCCACCGGGAGCCAGUGCAGCUGGUAUAGCACUGGGUGAAUGUGAUCUUGCAGCGAAGACCCCGUAAGGAGUCUCGCUGCAGCAUUCUGCACCCGCUGGAGUUUCUGGGUCAGUCUCAAGGGCAGCCCCAUGUAGAGCGAGUUACAGUAAUCCAGUCUGGAGGUGACCGUCGCGUGGAUCACAGUGGCUAGGUCAGGGCGAGAGAGGUAAGGAGCCAACUGCUUAGCUUGGCGGAGAUGGAAAAAUGCCGCCUUUGUUGUAGCUGCAAUCUGCACCUCCAUGGAAAGGGAGGUGUCGAAGAUUACAUCCAAACUCUUAACGGACGGUGCUGGCACUAAUUGCGCCCCCGCAAGAGAUGGGAGUUGCCCCCCCCAAUCCCAUAUCGUCCCGUCCCAGCCACAGGACCUCUGUCUUCAAAGGAUUUAGCUUCAACCGGCUCCCACGUAACCAUCCAGCCACAGCUUCCAAACAUCUGGUCAGUGUGUCUGGGGCCGAGUCAGGAUGGCCAUCCAUCAACAGAUAGAGUUGGGUGUCAUCAGCAUACUGAUGGCAACCCAGCCCAAAACUCCAGACAAGCUGGGCGAGGGCGCAUAAAGAUGUUGAAAAGCAUCGGGGGAGUAUCGCACCCUGAGGUACUCCACACACCAAGGAGUGGGGCGAUGACAAUUCCCCCCCAAGCGCCACCCUCUGUCCCCGACCAGAGAGAAACGAGCGCAGCCAUUGAAGGACUGUGCCCUGGAUCCCCACGUCGGCAAGGCGGUGGUCCAGGAGUUCGUGAUCGACCAUGUCGAAAGCUGCUGACAGAUCUAGAAGAAUCGGCAGCCCCGACCCACCUCGAUCCAGCUGUCUACGAAGAUCAUCUGUUAGGGCAAUCAGAGCCAUCUCGGUCCCAUGACCAGCGCGGAAGCCGGACUGAAAUGGAUCCAGAGCCAAUGUUUCAUCCAGAAAUCCACCAAGCUGUUCAGCAACCGCUCUCUCAAUCACCUUACCCAGGAACGGAAGAUUCGAAACCGGGCGGUAAUUGGAUAGAUCUAAAGGAUCUAAUGAUGUGUUCUUUAAGAGUGGGCGCACCACUGCCUCCUUCAGUUCCCCUGGGAAUGUCCCCGUGCCAAGGGACAAAUUGAUGAUAUCCCCCAGGAGGGCCCGCACCUCGUCUGGACACGCUCUAAUCAGCCAAAACGGGCACGGGUCGAGAGGACAGGUGGUGGGCUUUCCAGCUCGGAGGAGUCUGUCCACAUCGGCUGGGGCUAUCUGGUUGAAGUGGUCCAAUACUGGACCCGAGGACAGUAUUGUUCUAGAGAGGACUUGGUUGAUCACCUUUAAUGGGGAAUUCCUCUGGAAUAGUUCUAGCUAUGCGUAACGUAUACAAUACAUUUUGAAAUCAACAUGUUUUACACUUGCAGCAAAAACUAAAGGAUCCAACUAUUUACUUAAAACUCAGAUUUGGGAGAGGUUAAAAUGGGUAAAACCUCAGCGCCUAGGACUUGCCGCUCACAUGGUCGGCGGUUCGAAUCCCCGCGGCGGGGUGAGCUCCCGUCGUUCGGUCGCAGCUCCUGCCCACCUAGCAGUUCGAAAGCACCCUUAAGUGCAAGUAGAUAAAUAGGUACCGCUUUCUAGCGGGAUGGUAAACGGCGUUCCGUGUGCUGCUCUGGUGCCGGUUCACCGGAGCAGCUUCGUCACGCUGGCCACGUGACCUGGAAGUGUCUGCGGACAGCGCUGGCUCCCGGCCUCUAGAGUGAGAUGAGCGCACAACCCUAGAGUCUGUCAAGACUGGCCCGUAUGAGCAGGGGUACCUUUACCUUUACCUUAAAAUGGGUACUAUAAAUUUCUUCAGUGGCAACUCUAGCCAUAUUUCAUCACAUACCAGCCAAAAUAUCACAUAGACAUAGAAACCUUACCAAAGGACUGUGGAAAAUGCAAGAGCAGUCCCAUAUAGGAAUGCUCUUUCUAACAGAAGUUUUUAUAACAUCUGCAGUUCUUGUUUUCAGAUUAUUUAGGAUUUCUAAACAAUUCCAUCUUGGUAUAAUAUUUAGGUGCGCUUUUAAGCACAUUUCUUGUGAGACAGUGUUGUUUAGCACUUACUUGAUUCUGCUUCUUGCAAAGCCUUGCCUGGACUGCCAUGGCCUUGCUAGUAAUGUGUCAUUUGCCACCAGUUUAUCCUCACCUCAUCUGUACUUUCCUGUCUUCCUCUUCCAUGUUUUAUCCUGCUGACCUUAUUUGAAUAAUACAGGCUUUUGGUAGAAACAGCAGUGCUGCUUCUGUGUUCCAUGCUCCCUACAACAACAAGCAUGCAGUUUAUACUACUUAAAUGUUAAGUGGUGGAGUUUAGGCUUUCUUUGUAACGGAAGUGUAUGUCUACCAGCCUUAAGGUAUUUGACCCAACUCUUUUUGAAAUAAUUGAAACUCCUAAUUCAGCUCUUACUUUGUAGGUUUUGAAGGAGGAAUAGCUAUCUUGGUGUGAUCUAUAAAUACUGUGCUAUUUCUUCAGAUCAUAUAAGCGACUCUGACUCUGAACCAUUUAAAUAUAUGCUAAUCUCCUAAGUACCCUUCAGGCCUACCAAUCAUGCUGUAAAAGCGCAGAAUUUUGUCUGCCUUAACCAAAGUACCCACUUGAGGCCCUACAUUUCAUUUCCCCAAAUCUCAUUCAAAUAAAGUCCUGGUUGUAAUCUCAUUGUACGCAUAAUUGAAAAUGGGGCUUGAUGAAAGGAGUGCUGGCAUACCCAUCAACCUCAUUAAAAACUCUUUCCCCCAAAAGGUAAGAAGGAGGACCUGGAUAUGCUAAGCAGCCUUGUUAUACAGCAGUCAUUAGGGAGAUGUGUUUCACUUCCUUAUGAGAGAGCUGUGUAGUGAAGCUGUGGGAGUAUGAAUUAGGCAGAACUCUUAAUGAACUAAAAGACCCCAAAACCCAAGCACCAGUGAAUUGGAAUCUUAUCCGUGCAACUGCUGCAGGGGCUACAUUUGGCUCCAGCACAAAUUAGUUCCACAAAUAACCCCAAAUUCCCCCAAGCACAGAGGGUGGUAAUGCCUCCACUGAGACCUCUUAACCAAGAAGAUAAUCCAAUUACCAGUUCUGACGUUCUGCUAUUCUCCUGCCUUUUACAAUCUCCAGUAUUGCUGGACUCUCUGAGACCCCAGAACUUCAACAUUGCAUAUAGCAUCUGUUUGCACUUCCUUUGAUUUUUGCGAUUAACCUCUUCCCUUAAUUUAUAGGGCACACAGCUUGUUUAAGUAUAAUAAUAAUAAUAAUAAUAAUAAUAAUAAUUUUUGUAAUUGUGGGGGAGCUGCAGCACUUUAACCAGAGCCACUCCCUUUGACAUUCAUUUCUAAGCUGGGCUGUGGUUUCUGGCCAUGCCUUUGUUGAACACCCUGACUCCACAGAUAAUCAGAAUGGUGGCAGACCAGAGAGGAGGGUGUGAUUUUUUGGUUUUCAUAAACUCUGAGAACUUCCUGUAAGCAAUAAGUUAUUUCCCUGAAGAAAUAAUGUAAGGAGGAAAACUUGCUCAGGAUGCUUCACCGGAUAGUUCAGUGCUUGUGUCUGCUUUGUGCUCUUGGUUGAUGUUGGAUCAUGCAUAUCCUGAGGAUUGUGCCUCUUAACACAAACCUGUUCAUCAAGGUCAUCCACUGAUGAUUACAGCAGUGGCUUCCUGGCAGAGUAAUUGACAGAAUGUGUGUGAGCAUGGCACUGGCUGCCACAAGACGGACCCAAGCUUAGGGGAUCAGACAAAUUCAUGGAGGAAGAUGAGCUUAUUAGGCACAAUAACAAAACAGAACCUGUACAUUUACUGGCACUGUGCCACAGAAUACUGAUUGCUGGGAAGCAACAAAACAUGGAGGAUUAUUGCUUUCAUUCUCUGCUUGUUCCUUCCCAAAGACAUCUGCUUGGCCACUUGUGGGACGAUGAAGUUAGACGGUUCUGGAAAAUGUGUAUCAACCCAUCAUUCCCAUUAAACCACCACACUUACGAAGGUGGCAGUUUGUUGCAGCCACAUUAAACAAUUCACAUGGUCCAAAGGGGGGGGGAGACCCCCCCCAAAGCACAGAAGCACUUGUGAAAGCAGAUGGGAGGAGCUUUCCCCCCUAAAUAGCUAGUUCCUUUGGCUUUUAAUCUGGAUGUGUUUUAUCUCUGGCUUCAUACAUGUUUGCAUCCAGCUAUAUGCAAAGGUUUGUAGGGUUUCUUGAUGAUCCCCACAACUCCAUGCCUUCAAUUUCUAAGAAAAUGCUAUUCAUAUAUAUAUAUAUAUAUAUAUAUAUAUAUAUAUAUAUAUAUCUGGCAAAAUAUUGCUCUGUUUGAUGUUCUUAAUUUUGGGAGAAAAUGCUGCUAAGCAGGACUGAUGGCAUUGCAGGGGGGUUGGGCUAGAUGACCAUGAGGGUCCAUUCCAGUCCUACAAUUUAUGUGUUCACAACAAUUCUCUUGAUCUUCAGAAUGAAGAGUUAGAUAAGAAGUAUGCUGGACUCUUGGAAAAGAAAUGGACAUCAGUUAUAAGAUUACAAAAGAAGGUAAGUACAAGCCUCAGUCGGUAUAUUGCUGGCAACACUGCUGCAGUGCUUUUAAAAGAAGUAUGCAAAACAACCUAUCCGGUUGGAAGUCCGUACUAUGAUAACUGGUUUUAUAAUUUUUGACCUGACAAUGUAUUGCAAAUCAUUAUUUAUGUCUGUGUGUGCUCUGCAAGAAUCACAAUGUGUGAAAAACCGUGAAGUCAGCCAAUGCCUCCGCUUAGCUCCAUUCUUAUUUCAGACAUUGUGAUAUAUCAGUAUAUCAUGAUGUUUAGCUGGUGAUAUAUCACAAAGUUGAACACCAGAUAUCACCCAGCUCUAGUCUCCUAAUUCCUCUAAAUGUGCCCACUGGUCUCAAGGCUAUGAGGUAUGUAGGAGAUAGGAUCCAGCUGAAGCCUUGGCAGGUUUUUGCUUUAAACAAACACAAGCAGCAUUGUUAAAGGUAAUCGUACCAAGGAUAUUUGAUGCAAAACGCAGGAAAGAGAAAAAUUCUGGCUGAUAAGGAAGGAAUGACAGAGCAGUAGACUUGCACUCAUAUCUAAGGGAACAAAGUUCAGGUAAAGUAAAAAUGACGACAAACACAUUUUCUCAAAGCUAAAAUGAGCUAAGGAUUGGAUUGAUUUCAAGAUAACCAGGCAGAUAUUUUCCUGUGGCUCUCAGGUUUUGUUUGGUUCCUUUUAGCUGUUACAGCUUGUACUUGGAGAUAAUUUGAGAGCUGUGUGGCACAGUUUCAGGGCUGCUGUAGAUUUGGUGAUGGGUCAAUGUGUGUUGGUCCUUCAGGACUUGCAAGGUCUUAUUUCAGACAUUGUGAUAUAUCAGUAUAUCAUGAUGUUUAGCUGGUGAUAUAUCACAAAGUUGAACACCAGGUAUCACCUUUUGUUUGUCUUACACUUUUGUUUGUUCUCUCCACUCCCCUCUCCCUGCCCUCUCUCCAAAACCAUUUAGGUUAUGGAAUUGGAAUCCAAACUAAAUGAAGCUAAGGAAGAAUUCACUUCAGGUGGGCCACUUGGUCAGAAGCGAGACCCUAAAGAAUGGAUCCCUCGUCCUCCAGAAAAGUAUGCGUUGAGUGGACACAGGAGUCCUGUCACAAGAGUAAUUUUCCAUCCAGUUUUCAGUGUUAUGGUUUCUGCUUCAGAGGAUGCCACAAUAAAGGUAAGACUCUUCAUAAACCCGGUCUGUCUUGCAGCUCUCCAGAAGUGUGCACCUCAAGGGGUUGCUGCAGGCUAUUGACACAGGAGGUGUGAGCUGAUCAGAAUUGGGAUAUGGCUCCCAUUGUGCUUUUUGGACUGUGUUGGCCCAAGUAAUUUCUUUUUUGCAAAAUGGCAUUCUGUGUUUGUGGUCACCCAUAGAAAUGUAGAAGCUUCAGUUAAUACGCAGCUUGGUGGUUUGCCUCCUGAAGCUGGCAUAGGUUGAUGUACUAUUCUCACUCACUCUGCGAAGCCUGUGUUUGUUUGCUGCAGGCACAUUCCUGGGCACAAUAUAAUGUACAAUCUUAAACAGCUUAGGAUUCUUCACGUAUGCCACUUAUUGUACUGUAGUACUGUAGCCCUUAGUAAGAACACCAAGAACACAUGAUGACUAUGUUGAUUGUAGUUUCCAGUCUUUGGGACUCAUUCAUGCAGAAGCUUGCUGUAGCCUGAAUCUCACUAUAGCUUGAUUCUCAGUGAGGUGGUCAACCUGUUAUCUUGGCUCUGAGGCUCCACUUUGGGACAUAACUAUUGCUCUUCUAUACACAACACGGAUUCCCCCCACAAAGGGCUAGGCUUCCCCCUGACAUGCUAGCUUUCUGUAUGCAGGGAUAAUGGUGGUGAUUAUUGUAUGGAGGGGCAUUCAAUCCCUGUGAACUGGUAGAACACAGGUUGGCCACCUUGGUGAGUACUGGGCCCAUAUUUUGUUGGUGGAAGAAUUUUUGCUUAGAAUAAGGGUCCUCAUACUUUCUACCCGGGGCCGACUUGGGAUGGCUAAAAAACUCAGGCCAGUCAAAAUUGGGGUGCCAGGGGCAGAAACAGUUAUAAAAGUGUGGCAGAUGGAAGCAGAAUUUGGCACAAUCAGCUGGCAAAUACUUGCAUAGCUUUCUUCUGAUAUUAAUGCAUCGUUGGAAGUAGCUAAAUACUUUGCCACAGCAUUUUCCUUGUGGCAGGUUGAGUUCUAUAGCUCAACUUUCCUCAAGCUAAGUGCAGACAUUUGUUCUUGGAGGCAUUGUGAUUCAGCCUCCCUAUUUCAGGCAGUGUUUCCUGAUCUAGUGUCUUUAAUUGGAGACAGCUUUUCUUCUAUAUUUUUUUGUUCCCACCCCCACAUGCCUCUCAUAAGUAUUUUAGCCCAGCUCCUGUAAUGUCUUUCCCCAUUCUCCUUUUCCACUCAACUUGUACCUUAUCAUAGUUUCUUUCAUCCCUGCUUCGAUGUCCUUUUACAUUCAUCUCUGGUCCUUUCCCCUCAGAGGACUCUUCCCCCAUUCCCUGAACUUCUCUGUCUCUUAGCCACCUUUACUCUGCAUAUAAGGAGUUGCUGGGGCUGGCAUUGGUACAGUCAAAUAUCUUUGGCACAGUUAGUGGGGAGAGGCUGGCAAGCAAGGAGGCACUGGCCAGACUGGUAGUGAGUAUAUUAAUACUUAAGGGCUGUGUUGUAUAAUAUAUUGUUUUAAUACAUCACCUGAAGCAAUUGGGUUUUUCAUACAUGACCCAUGAAAAACAAAAACAAACCCCAGCACACCUUUUGCUCUGGAGUCACAAGAGACUUAGUGAAUAGUGGAGGAUGGAGUAAUCACAAGACAGAUCCUUAAAUGGCUUGGCCCUUUAGGCCUCAGAUACUUUAAAGCAGUGGUUCCCAAUUAGCUAAGUACUGCAGAUCCCCUGUUUUUCAAAAGCCAGGCCCCUACUUUUGAAAAUUUUGGUAUCUCUAUGGUAGUUUUUGUUACAUGAAUGUCUGCAGAACACCAAUUGGGAAUACUGCUUUAAAGACUGACUCGUUCCCUACAGACCCCCUUGGCUGCUAAGAUUGGCAGAGGAAGCCCUCUUGGUAGUUCCACAUCCCUCAGAAAGGGGGGCAUGGCCCAACAGAGGGCAUUUUCUUUGGCAGGCCCUAAGUUGUGGAAGUCACUACUGAGAAAGAUGUGUCUGGCAUUUUCAUUAUAUAGUUUGUGGCAAAUGCUGAAGAUACACCUCUGGCUUUUGACACUUGAGAAUGUAUAUUUUUAGGACCCACUUUAUUUCUGUAGUUUUAAGUUGUUUAAACUGUUUUUAAUAACUCUGUUUUAAUUGUUGUGACCAGUGCUGGGAGCUUGGGGUGAAGGCAAAUGGAAUAAUAUUUUAAAAACUUGUGUCCUGCCCUGCAUCCAUUGACCCAUUUGGGUGACUGGUUUCUCCCAUUUUUUGUUCUGGCUUUAUUCUUAGUUGCCAAUGUAUGCAAGGCAGAUAUUCAAGAAUUUGAAAUAAAGUAUUCUACCUUGGUAUGUCUGAAUAUUGCUUUUGUCUCAUAGAAAGCAGGAGUUUUAUGUGUCUACACAAAUAAAACAUGUGCAUCAUCCCAUAGAAAGGGAGUCUGCUCUUGUUUAAGGCAACAGGAAGAGCAGCAAAAUGUGCUGUCUUCUGGCUUAUUGAUUUAUCUUGGAAAUGGGUUGGGUGGAGAGAGAAGGAGAGGUGCUUCUUAUUGUCUAAUUCAUUUGAAAAGUCAGUAUACCCUUUGAAAAUGUUAUUGGUUCUUCCCUUGCUCCAUCUCUUUCUUCCAUUUUGAAUUAAUGUUGAACAGAGUGCCAGACAGCUGCUUUGAAUGCAAAUGAGAGCCUGGAAGAAAUAUAUAUAUUUUGUGAGGGCAGAUGUUCACCAAUUUCUUUAUCUGCUUCCUAGGUAUGGGAUUAUGAGACAGGUGAUUUUGAACGAACCCUGAAGGGCCACACAGACUCAGUGCAGGAUAUUUCCUUCGACCACAGCGGCAAGUUAUUGGCCUCCUGCUCUGCAGAUAUGACAAUUAAGCUAUGGGAUUUCCAGGGCUUUGAGUGCAUCAGAACCAUGCAUGGUAAGGAAUUGAGGAAUCCCACACUUGGAUUGUGAGUUAAAAUCAAACCAGUCCAGACUUGCCCUUUUCUUGAAACUGAAAUUAGGAAGGGGAUGCAGAACUCUUAACCCAGGGUUUGGGAGGGAUGCUGCAAGAUAGCGCAAGAUAGUGAUUUUCAAGGGGUUUCUCAGCUGAUUGUUGGGUCUUGAGAAAUCCCUUUCAGCGUGCUUUGCAGAUGCUGCUAAUCAGCUGAUUGAUGGUGCCCGCCCCACACCUGGUGGUGUAUAGGGCAGAUAGGCAUGGCUUUGGCUUUGCAGGUCAAAUGGGGGAGGGCUGGAGGUUUCCCACCCCUGCCUUACACAUAUGAUGUGGUAAACUCAUGGCUGAACUAUACCACUUCAGUCAGCAGACAUGUGGAGGGGAGGGCAUCACACGAUUGAAUGCUCUCCUCUCAGUAAAAAUUAUUGCACAUGUAAAGCUAGUUGUUGGAAAGAAUGAUUUUAGCUUAGCUGUCUCUCUGACUCUCCAGCAGAGAAUUGUUCUGUAUGAAAGAAGAUAAUCAUGGGGGCUGUCACUUGCAAUCUGAAAUUGGUAUAGUCAAAACACAGACCCACCAUGUUCGCAUUUUGAGUUAUUAGAUAAAAAGAUGGUUGUUACCUGGUCAGUAUCCUGGGUAUAUUUUGCAGUCUGUGCUUGAAAUGUUAACAGGCUUGUGUUCCCUAUUGCUAGUUUGACGAAGUGGGAGCUGUAAGGCUUUAAUAUGGGCCCAUUUCCUUAGCUUGCUGGGAAAUGAGACGAGGCAAUCUUGCUCUACUGUAUAGUAUGGUUAGAGCUGAAGUUCCCAUGGGAAGCAUCACAUUUUGGUUCAUUCUGUUGCCAGCUAUAUAAGAAUCUUGGAUAUUUCCCAAGGAGGGCAUAAUUUUUGCUCCAUAGUUGAAACCUGCCUGCCUUCUGUGUUCAGACCAUAGCUUGCUUGUUUGAAGCAUUGUUAACUGCUCAAAACAAUGGGAAGGACUCAACAUUUGAAAUGGGAAAAUAUGACUUGAAAGGGAUUGGGUGAAUUAGGAUAGGCUAGAGUUUUGCAAAUGUGAAUUUUGCUUCAUGCGCAACCCCCCCUCCCCCGCUCUGUUCAGCUUUCUGGAGGCAGCUGCCUGCCUUUCUUACCAGGCAAAAAUAGCAGAAGCAGCGGUUCUGGCCAUUUCUUGUUGCUGCCUAGGAGUGUCCUUAAAGAGCCUGUAUAAGCAGAAUGUGCCUCUAUAACUGCAUUUACGGCCUGUGGAAAGGAGUACUGUGUCACUGGACCCAGCAUGGGAGAAGAUGGUUGCUGUUUCCCAGAGAAGCAUUGGCAAGAGAGCACAUCUUCACAAGCUCCCCUCCCAUUCCAGUUCUCUAGAAUCUGAGAGAAGCUUCUUACAUCACACUGAGCUUUGGAGCAAUACAAAUCAAGCCUCGCUGUGAAAGAGCUGCUUGCCCCCAAAGCCAACAGGAUAAAUAGAUUUCCCCGCGUCACUUGCCCCUUGUCUGCUUUGCAUGCUUGGAAAACUUGGGGGAGGGGUUUCUUCAUGCAAUGAUGGAGCAAGGAAAUCCUCUAAAGAAGAGUGUUGCUGUUUCCAGCUUCUCCUAAGAUUUUGUAGUACAAAGAUGAAAGCUGUGUGAUACCCUCCCUAGGUCUUCUGGCAUGCAUGCAAGAUUUGGGCAAGGGGGCAAUGGUGUUUCCACCUUUGCACCUUUUUGCCUGUCCCUUUCAAACUUUUGUUACCAGCUCAAUUAUAUAUUUUUGAGAUGUGGCAACCAGAGUGUUCUCAGUAUUUCAUAUAUGACCAUCUGAUGCCUGUUUGCCUGGAACACACGGUACUGCACACUCCUUCAUUGCUGCUGCAGCAUCACUUUCUCUUUUGCCGGCAAAAGUGCUGAACAUCUAAUGCACCUGCCUUGCCUGACUUUGAAACUGGGAAAUGCAGCCAUGAUAAUUUCAUGUUGCUCAUUACAGCCUGCCAGUGUGGUGUGUGUGUGUGUGUGUUUUGGGUGUGGGCUAAGCGCCCUGGUUUCUUGCUCAAGUUCAUUUAAGAAGAACUUAGAUUCACAAGAUUCUUUUUUGGAAACCAUGCAGCGCACUUCUUAUAGCCAGACAACCACUGUAGACAUCCUGUAUUUCUCUCAGUUGGGUCCCUGGUUUGCAUAUUGAGGGUUACCAUACAGGAUUAUUGUUGCUUGUGUGAAUCGAGUACUCUUCACACACAUUGUGAGCUAACACAGUCACAGCAGAAGCCUGAUGUGAGCGUCUUUGUUGUGUUGUUUUCUUCUAGGUCAUGAUCAUAAUGUUUCUUCAGUAGCCAUCAUGCCCAAUGGGGAUCAUAUAGUCUCUGCCUCGAGGGAUAAAACCAUCAAAAUGUGGGAAGUUCAAACAGGGUAAGAUCUUGCAGAUGUGUUCAUGUGAUGGGAGAAACAGUGCCUGGUUGCUUUUUGAAGAUUCUCCCUAAUGCAUGGGGAUGGGGAACCUCAUGGGCUCUUGUUGUACUUCAUCUCCCAUCAGCCCCAGCCAGAAUGGCCAGCAGUUGGGAAUUGUAGUCCACAACAUCUGGAAGGCUAGUGACUAGUGGGAUAGGGCCCACGAAUGGAUGAACAGCCUGAUGUAGGCAAGGCUCGGUGCAGUUGCUCUUAAAACAUGCAGAAAGGUGGAGAAGACGGCAAGCAAAGGAAUAUCUUCUAUACAAGUUUAAACAGUUAUACCUCCCUUCGAUCCUGUGGCUUGGUGCUUCUUGGAAUCCUAUUAGGUGUCUGAGAGAAGGAAUGACAAACUAGUGUGUCACCAGUGUAGAAAUGCUAAGAAGGAGAAAGAACAGUAUGAGGGAAGAAGAAAACUGGCAUAAUUAAUGUUCAUUUUUAAAAAGAGUCUCAAGAUUGCCUCAAUGUUGAGGAUUCUCCCAACUUCUCCUUCUGAUUUAUAUUUUGUAUUAACUUUUGGAAAUGGAUUCUUUAAAUGAUCCAAAUAGCCUUUGGUUUAACCUUCUGCUCAGCCCCUUGUUCUAGCUGCUGUUUUCUUCCUGUCCAUUUGCCCAGACUUCCCCCAGUCUUCUCAACUCAAUUUAGACCUUUCAUUUAUCAAAACAUUCUGUUUACAACUGCUGCCAACACCAGCAUUGUCCCUAAACCAUCAAUACUUCAAUUCUUGCUUUAUAUAGUAGUGUUCUGUCAACAGCGGUCUUCUUUUUGUUUAUUUUCCUUGCAAACAGCUACUGCGUGAAGACUUUCACGGGGCAUAGAGAAUGGGUCCGCAUGGUGCGGCCUAACCAGGAUGGCACGCUGAUUGCCAGUAGUUCUAAUGACCAGACGGUGCGUGUCUGGGUGGUAGCAACAAAGGAGUGCAAAGCUGAGCUCAGAGAACAUGAGCAUGUGGUAGAGUGCAUCUCUUGGGCUCCAGAGAGCUCUUAUUCCACCAUAUCGGAAGCUACGGGAUCUGAGGUAAGGAGUCUUUUAUAUUGCGCUUCUCUCUCCUCUCCUUUCCUCUCCUCUCUCCUCCCCUCCCCUCAGUGUACAUUUCAACCUCUUACUCUUAAUUGGGGCAUGCAUGGACAUGUGGGAUUUGUAGUGGCUGUCUUGUUGCCUCGCAUUUCCAUCACAUGCUGGUGCUGUCUCCCACAGCCAUUCCACCCCUUUGAUUCAGAUAAACAUCUGAUCUAAAGCUCAAAGUCCCUUUUUUUUUAAACUCAAAAAGGAAGAGGUGGUGGCUUUGGGCAAACUUGUGUGGUUACAUACUGAAAACCCAUUUUUUAAAGAGCAUCCCUCCCCCCAAGUGUGCUAGACUCUUACUCCUUCUUGCUCAGUGCAGUGUUCUAGAGCUCUUCUAGAGCGUGUCAGAAUCCUACAUACUUGGUCUCUUGAAAUAGGCUAUCUCCCUUUAUAGAAGUGACGUUUCUUUUCUGAAUUAUUUGGGGCAACACAGUGGACAUAUGCUAUCACUCAACAGUGGCCAAGUUUGAACCUGGUCUCUUUUUUCACUUACUUAAAAUAAAAGGCGUGUGUGUGUGUGUGUGUGUGUGUGUGAUUAAGGUCAUAUCUCUCAGCUGACUGCUUAGCUGCUUCACUUUCUCUCCUCUGCCCUCUACUGGCUCGUUGCAGAAAUGUUUGCCCAAGAAAGGCAUGGAAGGUGAAGAGAGUUGUGAGGCUCAAGAAGUUGUUUUAGCCUGAGCCUAUCCUGGCUUAGAUAUUAAUGGAGGCAUGUACAAGGGAGAGACAUACACUUAAGAAUUCCACACUCUUAAGAGAGAUUAAUGCGUUUUGGCUGAAUGUGAACAAUAGAUUAUGGAGUUGUACGUUUAUUUCUUUUCUUUAAAGAGCAAAAGUUCAUAUGAUAGAUGUCCCUGGUUCCCUUCUCUUUUAGACUUCCCAGUUGAAUUUUGGGGGAGUAUCUUAAGCAGCUCUAGUGGGUGUCUUGAGUGAAAGGAGAAAGGGGAGACACACGUAUUUGAAAGAAGGAGGUGUGAGCCUCGGUGGAGAAUAAUGGUGAACAGAAUAAUUGGCAGUGGGCAUGACAAUCUGACAUAGAAAUGUGGCCUCAGUGUAAAACUUAACAGUCCAAAACAGUAGCAUAAUAACUUUUUAUGGUAAUAGGCUAAAUAGUCGCACCAGUUAGUGACUUUAAAUUUUCGAGAACUCUUCUUCAGGCUGGAUACUGAAGGGAUGGAGUAAGAGAGAAGGAAACAGCCAGUGGAGGCCAAAUUCAGCAGGAAUGCCUAGUGCUUGGAGGACAUUUCUCUCCCCUGCCCCACAUGUGACCCCAGGCAAUGUCGUUAGUGAGUCGUAGGGAACUUUCUUCUAGUUGUAAGAUUUCUUUGAGUGGCUAAACUCUAUUUAUAAGCUUAAAAAAAUGCAGACAGCAGUAUCGUUGCGUUAGAAAAACAAGCUUCUCUUUAAAUAGAUCAUUAAUUGUAAUUGAACAUAAACAACUUUUUAUGUUCAUUGGCAAAGUCUAAAGAAUUAUGUUUUAAAAGUGUGUGAGUGUUGCUGCCGUGUUCAUUAACAUAAAGUGUUUAAUUGACUUCUGAGUCCUGUUUACCUGGAGCACAACUUUCUUUGUGCUUGCUUUAGGUCUCAGGUACUCCAAAGGUGGGUCUGCGUUUCUACCACCUGGAGUAUUCAUUUUUGUAAUUUCCUUCUCUUUCCUUUAUAGACUAAGAAGAGUGGCAAGCCUGGGCCUUUCCUGCUUUCUGGCUCUAGAGACAAGACCAUUAAGAUGUGGGACAUUAGUACUGGCAUGUGCCUUAUGACACUUGUAAGUUCCUGUGUGUCCCCCUCUUGUCGGACUGCAAUCCUGUAUACUGUUGCUUCAUAAGGGAGUAGAUGAGACAAUAUUUCCUGGAUGACCUCAAAGCAGUCUCUGAGGCAUCCAGCCAGACUAGUUAGAAUGAAUAGAAUCUGUACAGAUUGAAGAAAUAAUCCAUCACAGGGCCUUGUUCUCAUCUGGGGAAUUCAAUUUCCUAUAGUUCCAAGGCAGUUAGUUUGGGGCAAGUAGUGGAAUGAUCUUACCAUUGGAUUUCAAAUCAUGUUGCGAAUGUUCAGGUGUGCACACAAUACGUACUCUCUUGUGACCUUGUGUCAUUUUUUCUCUCUCAACAGGUGGGCCAUGAUAACUGGGUACGUGGCGUCCUGUUCCAUUCUGGGGGGAAAUUUAUUUUGAGCUGUGCUGAUGACAAGACCUUGCGUGUCUGGGACUACAAGAACAAAAGAUGCAUGAAGACUCUCAAUGCGCACGAACACUUUGUUACCUCGUUGGGUAUGUAUGUGCACUUAUUCCAGCACAGCGCAGCUGAGUACAGACCUACGUCUUCUCUGUAGGUUGGUCUUUACCUGGAGCCCGACUCAUAAACCAGUGGCACCACUCUUCAGCUAAGAAGGGAUACACUGCACUGCAUUAAAUACUCUCUAUAGACUGUCAAAGUAUACCUGUGUUAGAUUGGCUUAAAAGUCCCCAUGCUACGAAAAAUGUCUGGCCUCCCUCUCUUCACACAAGAAGAAAGGGGAAGGGGGCAUGUUGGAAGUUACAGGGAAAGUAUAUGCUGGUAGUGUUUUGCCAAGCUGGUGAAGACAGUUGGGUUUCGUUUGUUUCUGUGCAGCAACCUUUUUUUCAAGCAAAGGAAAAAGUGGAAAAAUUAGUUGCUUGUACAGGCAUAAUGAAAAUUGAAACUGGCUUCAAUAGGAGUGAAACUCCUUUAUAUCCCUUGAGGGAGAGGUUCCCUGUUCCCUCUUCCUUUGUUCAGAGCUGGUUGUUCCUCUGCCCCCACCUCUCCAGUUCACAGGACCCAUAAAAGCCAAGCUGCUUUACAUUUAUUGGCAAGCCAUUCCUGACUUGCUGUGCUGACUGUACUGCCAAUGAUGGCUGAUGGAUGAUCUGUGACGUGGGCUGUCAGCUAGUGGUUUGCUGACGUAACUCAAGGUGUGUUGCAUCAGUGGCACCAUCAUUUUUCUUCUUUAAAAAAAAUGUUAGGAGGAGGAGGGCAGAGUAAAGGUAUGUCUGCACUGCUAGUUUACACUAAUAGUAUGCGUCAUCUGCUGGCAUGGCUGUCCCUGUGAGAGGGGGAAAUAAUGGGGGCUGUAGUUUAGGGUAAGCUGGGUAUCUCCUCCUUUCACAGAUCUGUGCACAGGUUCCCUAGGGAGGAGGAGCAAGUGUGUUUUUGGAACCCUCAAUUAAUACAACCCUCAUCCAAGAGGACACUCAGAGGCAGUUUCUCCAUUGCCUCAAAAUACAGGUUUUGGAUGAAAAGCUAAAGGAAAACAAUGAAAGCCAGCAAGUCCUAGCAGGUUCCCUUCAGGCAUAAACUCUCUACAGUGUAGGAAACAAUAAAGAUUGGCCAUGGCCACUCACAGUAUAUGUACUGAAUUUUAAAAUCUUUUGGCUGAUCCAGCAUCAUGGACAUUUUUCAGCUCUAGUAUUGACCUAUCCUUUGUGGUGCUGUUAGUAACUUCCUGUCUUCCCCCGCCCCCCUCUCUCUUGCAGAUUUCCACAAGACAGCGCCCUUUGUGGUUACCGGCAGCGUAGAUCAAACAGUAAAAGUGUGGGAGUGCCGUUGA